AUGGGCACUGAGUGUGCUCACCAGGCCGUGACGUGUCGUCAGAGCGGCGAGCUCAGAGGAGACAGGGCUAAUGUCUGUUACUGGGUGUGUGUGUGUCCGUUCGCUGCAGGGCGAGUGCCAAGUGCAGUGAUUAGAUUAUCAGUGGGUCAAAUGAGGCCCUUUGAUCAGCCCUUUUGAUGUUGCUUGUCUUCUGGUACUGUUUUCAAACCGUACAAUAUAUAUUUUAGGCCCGCCUGACUGUAUGGAACAGUCAACCAUGUCCAUGCCAGGCUAUACAACUGACGUCUACAGUUCUACACUACAUAGUCUGCUCACUGUGUGGGUUUUUAUACCAAAUCUUUGCAGUUCACUCUGCAACAAGAAGUGGAAGGUGUCAUGGAGGAACCAGGCCAGCUUGUGCCAGUGUUCUGUUGUAAUUUGAGGAAACUAAGAUCUGUUUUGAAUGGCAGCUUCUCACCACCAACCAUAAUAACACUGCUGCCGGCCAGCAUGUCCUGUCACUGGCACAAUCACUAUCCGACCCCUCAGGGCCUCAACACAAUGGAUGUAUGGGACAGCCUGUGUGCAUGCGUGUGUGUGUGUGUGUGUGUGCAUGCUUGUGUGUGCGUAUGUGCGAGGCACUCUUAUUCCAACUUUUAAUUAAACACCAGGGUUCCUAAAGCAUGAUGAAUGCACGCUGUCAUUGUCAACAGCAACACAGCAACACGUCGUCUAGCAAUAUGUAAUUACUGCAACCGCAGAGAGGAAGGGAGAGGGAAAGAAAAUAAAUAGAAAGACACGAGGGAAGAAGUGUGCAUGUGUUUGGUUGACUUGAGGCCCCAGUCCAGGGUAUACCCACAUAAAACAUGACUCGUCAGUACAGCCAUGGCAAGUAGCAACUGACCGUAAGAAAGAAUACAAAUAUUGACUUCCUUCCCCCAACCCGGACCAGGCCAGGCAGAGACCAAGCUGAACUGAAGCUGGCAGACCCAGGCCAGCUCAACAAGGUUGGCAGGGGUGUGAGGAUCCCUGAGGGAGAGCCGGCCUGGGCUAUUUAAAGGAGGUGUAUUUGUGAGUGGUAUAGGAGAAGAUGUGCAUCUUGGAAAGGAAAUAGAUAUGCAAUAAAAUGGACCCUAUAAUAGACCAUGUAAUAAUAAGACGAACCAUUAGUUGUUGUUUCUUUAGUUGCUAGGAGACCAAGUAGAAAAGCAGGGACAGUAGCCUACAGUAUGUCUACAGAAAGUGAUAUUUUUAAGUAGCUUAAAUCGACCAUAGAACACCACUAUGGAUAGUACAGUAUCUAUUGUAUGACCGGUAUGACCUACUUGACUAUGAACUACUUAAUGCAUAGCGCCAGGUCAGGAUAGCUUAGCUAGCCUCUGUUCUCCAUAGGCAGUAGAGCCCCUGCCCCAGCCUCUCUGAUGUGUUUGACUUCAUGGAUGGGAAGGGAACAUUGAGGCCCACCUCCAGAAUCACUGGCUGGAGCUUUUUUCACUGCAGCCUGGGUUAGGGCUGUAGCUGGGCUGGGAUGGGCUGGGGGCUCCCCUCUAUUUCAGUAUCUAACUCAAACUGUGAUGUCACCUUUUCACUGUGAGUAAAAGUGUAGCUCGCAAGGUAGUGAGUGACCCACCUUGGCUGACAGUGUAAUUGUACUUGUGUGUGAUUGUCCAAACGUAUGGAUUAAUGUGUAUUUGUAUGACAAGUGUUGACGUAAGUGUGUGUCUGACGUGCACAUUUGUGUUAUAGACAGAAAGUGUGUUUGUGUGGGUAUGUGUGUGUGUGAGUGUGUGUGUGGGCAUAAGUGUGCAUGAUUAUGCCUGCCGUGCCUCUUGGUACAGUUGUUAGUUUUAGUACAGACCACAAUUGAGAUAUGGAAAUAUACCCCAUCAUUUGUACAUGGCUCUGAAUUCAGCCACAGUUAUGUUUCUCCAAUGUUUCUCGAGUUUCUUUCUCCAAACAUUGAUCCAAGGCCUGCCUGAGGGAAAUUGUUCCCAAACAGUAGCCAAGCAUAACUCUAAAUUAAUCUCAAUUCCUUUUGAACAAGGCAACACCACCAAAGGAAAAACCCAUGCAAAUUUGGCCUUGUGUACAUUAUGUUGCUGAAAAAUAGUGUAAAUGUCCACGCUGUGGUUCCUGUAUGUCAUCCUGUGGUUAAACGAACAGUUGUCUCUCUCUGUUCCAGCGUACUACAGAGCUCUGGUGAACUUCACAGACUCCAUUGUGUACAGGCCUGACAUGGAGGACAUCUACUCACUGGCUUUCCAGGAGAUUUCUGAUGCAGUGGUGGACACGGUAGGCCUAUUCUAGAACCAUAUACUGUAUACUGUGUACUGUACACGGUAGGCCUAUUCUAGAACCAUAUACUGUAUACUGUGUACUGUACACGGUAGGCCUAUUCUAGAACCAUAUACUGUAUACUGUGUACUGUACACGGUAGGCCUAUUCUAGAACCAUAUACUGUAUACUGUGUACUGUACACGGUAGGCCUAUUCUAGAACCAUAUACUGUAUACUGUGUACUGUACACGGUAGGCCUAUUCUAGAACCAUAUACUGUAUACUGUGUACUGUACACGGUAGGCCUAUUCUAGAUAUAGUGCACAGUAGACCUAUCCCAGAGCCAAAUAGAUACUCUACACAGUAUGCCUAUCCCUCCCUCCCCAUAGGGGCCGUAGCCUACACAGGCCAGGGCAGGAUUCUCACACCUUGCAUUCCACUGCCAAGUCAUGUCUGUCAGAAGGUCAAAUACUGUAGAUCAUUUUAGUAAAUAUACUUGACUGUACAAUAUACUACUGUACAUCAACGUAUGUAAGAACACUUGUUAGGAAAGUUGUUAAACUUGUUAAAACAUGUUGACAGAAAUGCAUCUCUUUGCUCGUUUGUAUUUUUCUCUCUCUUCCACAGUUGGAGUCAGAGUACAACAAGAUCUCAGGCAUCCAGACUGUAAAUGUGGUCCUCAUCAAGUAAGAUCACUGUUCACCUCCAGCUGCUGUUACUUACUUUACUUACUUAAGCCUGGGUGUAACAAAGGUGGUUCGGAGAACCAUGAUCGCGUGAUGAGUAGCCUUGUUUGAGAUCUGAAGACUUAUGUUGGUUCCCAGAGCUAAUGCUGAGGCUUCAUCUUAGACUCUCCUCUGGUUGGUUCAGCAAACACAGUCUACAAGCUGCGUGUAACUAAUCAACGUUCUUAUCAUGAGAAAAUCUUGAUAUGCCCCGGCCCACAUUCAUUAAAACCUGAGCACUGUACCAUUCAAUUGAAAUUUUUGUCAUUUAACAGACGCUCUUAUCCAGAGCGACUUACAGGAGCAAUUAGGGUUAAGUGCCUUGCUCAAGGGCACAUCGACUGAUUUUUCACCUAGUCGGCUUGGGGAUUCGAACCAGCAACCUUUCAAUUACUGGCCCAACACUUAACCGCUAGGCUACCUGCCACCCCAAAUCGUUAUUGUCAUCACGUCCCUCUCUAACAACCCCCUCUGUUCUGUCCUGGUCUGUUUAGGAAGAUGCCCAGGCAGAAUGGGGUGGAUGUGUUUGUAGAGCUUGACGUGGGCUCUGACUACAACAACAACGAAAAUCAGAUCCGCAACGUGUUGUACGGAGUGGUGAAGGAGGGAACCAUCGCCUCCUACAUCACCUCUGUCCAGGGCUUCCAGUUCAGACGCCUGGGAGAAGGUAAGAACCACAGGGGAUAAUGUUUACUCCGCAUUGUCAGGGCUGUCCAGAAUGCUUACAUGGCCAAAUGUACGCCAUCCAUAUAAGGAAGUUGUCAAAUGUAUGGCAUCCAUUUUAGGAUCUCAUAUCUCAUUACAAUCUUUCAAUUAAGCUGGGCUAGCCAGCCCAAGGCUUCAAGCUAAAAAGGGCUAGGUGGUGCCCUCUUUUCACCAUUCUUCUUCACUAUUUUGAUUUCCCCUCUAUAAGUCUCCCCUUCAUUCCGGCCUAUUUCUGUCAAUAAAACAAUACAAUACGAAAGAAAGAAAAAGGAGGGCUAGGUGAGUCCGAGGUAGUGUCCUUAACUUGUCUCUCUGGUUUCUAGCUCUGCCCCCUGUGAACCCCAUGGCUGUACCAGGUUUGUACUGUACCAUGCCGACCUGGGUUCAAUGCUAUUGGAAAUCAUUUAAAAUACUUUAGAUGGGUUUGAUUGCGCAUGCAUGGCGCUAUGGAACCAAUAGAAAACUAGCAAAAGAGCAAAACCCGCCCAGCUGUCACUCCAGGCAGGCUGAAGGAAAAGCUAAAAGUAUUUGAAAGUCGUCAAAUAGUAUUUGAACCCAGGUCUGGUACCAUGCCUGCUGCACGGAGACUGCCAGAGCUGCUGUAGAAACUAUAUGACUGUUCUGUAGCCCGUGUAAAAAUGCAGAAUGCAGCUAUUUCUGGAUGAUGAUGAGCAUGAAUAUGAUGACGACGAUUAGCUCUUUGGAAAUCUAUAAGAGUUCAUGCAGGAAUGUUAUGCAUGUGUGCACCUAGAGUAGAUGUCGGACAACGUUUUGGUUUUGGACUGCCCAAGAGGACUGCAAAGAUUUUUGCAUGGCAUGAGUUUAGUUACAGAUAUUGCUUUUUUCUAAAAAACACUUCAGAGUUUCUGUAGUGUGUAAAUCUUCAGAGUUUCUUCAGAAGGAUCUCAAUUACCUAACGAACAAGGCCAUGUCCCACCUACGGUACAGUACAGUAAGCUGUUAGACCUUUGACAAGCCCCAGGCCCCAGCAUGACCUGCAGUGACCCAGGAGGGUCAGUGGAGGCUGGUGAAAGAAGGAGGGCUCAUAGUAAUGACUGGAAUGGGAUGAAUGGAACGGUAUCAUACACAUGGUGUCUGUGAUUCCAGCCAUUACAAUGAGCCCAUCCUCCAAUCCCGAUAUAAAGUGACACCAGCCUCCACCGUGGAAGGUCCCCUUGUAUUUCACCAGAUUUUUUAACAGCAAGUGUUGUGUUGUGUGGUGGCCUUUUAGCCAUGCAUGUCUGACCCUUGAACCCCCACCCCCCUCCCCCGUCUCUCUCAGUGGUCCCCAACCUUCGGCCCUGCAUGAAGGAUGAGCACACGUGUCAGGAUGGGGGGUGUAUCCUUCUGGAAUACCUGUGUGACAACAGACCUGAUUGCAAUGACAUGAGUGAUGAGCUGGAUUGUGGUGAGUGGAAAUGGCAUUGGUGUGGUGGAGUGCAGUGUGGAGUAGUGAAAAUGGCAUUGGUGUGGUGGAGUGGAGUGUGGAGUAGUGGCAAAGGAUCUGCACUUUGUUGUAUCCUAAAGAGAGAAUCAUAUCUGGAUAUUGCCCUGACAUGGCUGACAUGGCGUCUAACACCAUGGCGUCUACAGCCAUAUCUCAGGGCAACUCUGGUUAUGGCUGUAUGAACAGUAUUUAUAAGCUCUUUUUGAUGUUGAUCUUAUCAGAUAAGAUCCGGCCUGGACCAGUGACCCCCACCCCUCCCACCACCACCCCCAUCAAGAAGCCCCCACGCCCCCCUGGGCCCCCUGACCCCCUGGGGCCCUGCAAAGUGGACCAGGCCACCUGUCAGAAUGGGGAAUGUGUCCCCAGAGACUACCUUUGUGAUGGAGAGAGGGACUGCUCUGACGGCAGCGACGAGUUCAGAUGUGGUAAGCAUCAGGAACACGCACUAAGACUAGAAUAGAGCCCUCUGUGUGGCCUUUUCUAUCUCUCCUAUUCAUCAUCAUUCUUUCACACACACCCACACACGCACACACACACACACAUGAUCAGUCACAAAAGCUUUGCAUCUGCUUCAUGUAAACACACCUGACCAAGGUGUCUGAGUGAAGUACUCCUCUGAUCAUGCCCCUCUGUCUGUCUCCAGGCACUCCCUCUCCCUGUGAACCCAAUGAGUUCAAGUGUAAGAACGGCCGCUGUGCUCUCAAGUUGUGGCGCUGUGAUGGAGACAACGACUGCGAGGACAACUCAGAUGAGACCGACUGCCGUGAGUUCCACAUUCAACGUUUAUUGAUUGAACACUAAAGGACUGUUUUUCUAGUCCUGGACUAAAAAGCACUUUCAAUUGGGAGUUUCUGUAUCGGGGAACUGGCCAUACAUUUUUACAUGAAUGAAGAUUAAGUAAUUUUCUAUCUCGUCUUGUGUUCCAGCCACCAAAGGUCCAGGUGACACGUGUGCCCCAGAGCAGUUUGUGUGCCUCAGUGACCGCACCUGCAUCCCAUCUAGCUACCAGUGUGAUGAGGAGCCUGACUGCCCUGACCGCUCGGAUGAGUACGGCUGCAGUAAGUCCCUGAUCAUGACCAUCAUACCGUCUCUCUGACUUUGUCCCUGUCUCUGUCUGUCUGUCUUACUUUGUUCUGUCUCGCUCUCUCCCUGUCUCUCUCAGCCUAUCUUUCUCAUUCACUCUUUCUCUCCCUCAAAACCUCACUCCCCCCUUCUCUCUCUCUCUCUCUCUCUCUCUCCCCUCUCUCUCUCUCUCUCUCUCUCUCUCUCUCUCUCUCUCUCUCUCUCUGUGCACCCCCCUGCCUCUCACCUGUAUAGUCACCCUGUGGGACCACUGCAGUGACUCCAUUCACACUGUGGUGACAGAGACACGGUGCAGAAUUGUCCAUCCAUGGCAAAGAGUUUCAUUUUUUUCUGACUUUCCAUCAUGUUUGUGCCUCACAAAAGAGAUUGAGUCCACAAAUAAACCACUGCCCUUUUAAAUUGUGGUUGGGUAGUUGGGACUUGUUUUGAAAUGUGUGUGUGCCAUCAUGCGUCACGCAGUGCAUGCAUACUUGGCUUUAUAGAUGCUCAUAUUGUUGUUGUUUUCUUGUAACUUUCCCUUUAAGCUCCUCCCACAGUUACCAGUCCCCCGGAGGAAUCUAUUGAGGCGGAGCGGGGGGAGACGGUAACUUUCAGCUGUGUGGCAGUGGGUGUUCCCACCCCCAUCAUCACCUGGAGGCUUAACUGGGGCCAUAUCCCCAUCAGUGGCAGGUGAGUUGGUACAGUCCUCCAACUCCUUCCAACCCUGUCUGGUUCACCCCAUAACAGCUCUUAUCACAAACUUAGUUAGACAUUUAGGCCAAUGGCCCCAUCUUGAAUGACCCCAGCCUGAAUCGAUGGAAUGUUAAGUUAUAUUUGAAAAUGUGUGUGUGGGCAAACAUUUGACUCUAGAAGAUGAUAUUGAAGUUGAUAUGCAUCAUAUAAUAUUUAAUGUGGAGUUCUGAACCCCUCAGUUGCAUGAUACAAGUGGCUUCUCUUUAAACUCUGAUGCCAUUAUUUUACAUUUUAGUCAUUUAGCAGACACUCUUAUCCAGAGCGACUUACAGUUAGUGAGUGCAUACAUUUUCAUACUGGCCCCCCGUGGGAAACGAACCCACAACCCUGGCGUUGCAAGCGCCAUGCUCUACCAACUGAGCUACAGGGGACAUUAUGGAAGAGAGUGUUGAUCUGUGCAGUGAUAGCUUUGGAAAGAAAGCCGGGUUUAAUUUGUGGGAUUGUGUGAAAUGAGUGUUGCGUAUAAUUGAUUGGAAACAGUCCAUAACGAUUUUGAAAUGACUGAGGAUUUGUCUGCUAUCCAAUCUUGUUAGCCCACAAAAUGCAGCAUUUCGUGCAUUGCUGUUUAAGCACUGUCAUAUAUCUACAGACAUGUCAUGUUUGAUUUGAUUCAGAGGUGACUCAUCUUUCAAACACUUCUGUCAUUAAGUAUUGAGUUAUUCAAUUAUUGCUUUGUGGCUAAUCAUGUCCAAUAACAGAGAACUCAGCUUACUGUACAUCCAUUGAAUGGAUGUUUGUUUUAUAUGGUAAAGUGCUAUAUUAUCUGUCAAAAUAAACUCCUACAGAGAGUUAACUAAUUCAAUCACUAUUAAAAAAUACCAUACUGAAAGCCUAAAGUUGCAGAGAGUAGGCUGUAUGGCAGUUCCUAUAGCAAUAUGUCAGUUCAGAAAAGAGAUUUAGAGUCAUAAUAUUCCUUGUCCUCUAAAAGCCCUUUAGACACUCUAGUGUUAACUUUGAAAAGUGAAUCAUCACUGUUGUGCUAGAGGAGAGUCGAACACAGGCUUCAGUAUUUGAUGUGGUUGAAGCAUCAAUGUAAUGUCAGCAAUGUAUAUGUAUCUGUCUUCUCAGGAUCUCAAUGACCAGUGAGAAUGGGCGUGGCAGCCUGACCAUCCGUGACGUAAAGGAGGCGGACCAGGGGGCGUACACCUGUGAGGCCAUCAACGCCAAGGGCCUGGUGUUUGGUAUCCCUGAUGGGGUACUCAGCCUCACACAGAAACCAGGUAUGUAUUCUAUAGCCUGAUUCACACUAUAGGGCCAAGCCAUGCCUAGCUGAACUGAGCUGUCCUGGUUAUGCAUGGUUCCAUCGUAGCUGCUGGGACCAUGCUGGAAAGGACAUCCAUCAUAGCUGCUGGGACCAUGCUGGAAAGGACAAUGUGAAAAGGAAAGAUCAGAGCCAGCAGGGUAUGGUUUGUGUUGGCUCUAUAGUGGGAAUCAGGUAUUGUGUGGUACUCUUCCCUAGAAUGAGCCAACUGUAUAAAGGCUAUCUAUUGCAUUAUUUCAAUAAGAAAAUAAUGGCUUUGUGGGUUUAUGAAAUGCCUAAAAUGUUAUAUGUCUGUCUGCACCUAUUUGCCUGUUCUAUGUCUAUUUAAUGUCAUCCUCUCUGUCAUCGUCACCAGGAAACUGUCCCGAAGGUCACUUCAGUGUGGAGGGACGUUGUAUCUCCUGCUUCUGCUUCGGCAUCACCAAGAACUGUGGGAACACCGGACGCUACCGAAACCAGAUCAAUCUGCGCUUCACUGACGAGGACGACUUCAAAGGUAAUGGGCAACACUAAAUAUUUAUGCCUGUCAUACAUGUCAUGGUUGAUGUAAUUUUUACUUAACUAAACAUUUAGUGAAAAGGUCAAGACAUUUGUAAUUGAUUUUACUGAACAUAAAGAAGGUCUUAAAGCAUGAAAACAUUAGUUUAUACACUACCAGUCAAAAGUGUGGACACACCUACUCAUUCAACGGUUUUCCUUUAUUUUUGCUAUUUUUUACAUUGUAGAAUAAUAGUGAAGACAUCAAAACUAUGAAAUAACACAUAUGGAAUCAUGUAGUAACCAAAAAAGUGUUAAACAAAUCAAAAUAUAUUUUAUAUUUGAGAUUCUUCAAAUAGCCACCCUUUGCCUUUAUGACAGCUUUGCACACUCUUGGCAUUCUCUCAACCAGCUUCAUGAGGUAGUCACCUGGAAUGCAUUUCAAAGAACAGGUGUGCCUUCUUAAAAGUUAAUUUGUGGAAUUUCUUUCCUUCUUAAUGCGUUUGAGCCAAUCAGUUGUGUUGUGACAAGUUUGGGGGGGUAUACAGAAGAUAGCCCUAUUUGGGAAAAGACCAAGUCCAUAUUAUGGCAAUAACAGCUCAAAUAAGCAAAGAGAAAUUACAGUCCAUAAUUACUUUAAGACAUGAAGGUCAGUCAAUACAGAACAUGUGGUCCUCUGUAGCUCAGCUGGUAGAGCACGGCGCUUGUAACGCUAAGGUAGUGGGUUCGAUCCCCGGGACCACCCAUACACAAAAAAGCGUCUGCUAAAUGGCAUAUUAUUAUUAUUUCAAGAACUUUGAAAGUUUCUUCAAGUGCAGUCGCAAAAACCAUCAAGCGCUAUGAUGAAACUGGCUCUCAUGAGGACCACCACGCGAAUGGAAGACACAGAGUUACCUCUGCUGCAGAGAAUAAGAUCAUUAGAGUUACCAGCCUCAGAAAUUUCAGCCCAAAUAAAUUCUUCACAGAGUUCAAGUCACAGACACAUCUCAACAUCAACUGUUAAGGGGACUGUGUGAAUCAGGCCUUCAUGGUCGAAUUGCUGCAAAGAAACCACUACUAAAGGACACCAAUAAGAAGAAGAGACCUGCUUGGGCCAAGAAAAACGAGCAAUGGACAUUAGACCGGUGGAAAUGUGUCCUUUGGUCUGGAGUCCAAAUUUGAGAUUUUUGGUUCCAACCGCUGUCUUUGUGAGACGCGGUGUGGGUGAACGGAUGAUCUCCGCAUGUGUAGUUCCCACCGUAAAGCAUGGAGGAGGUGUUAUGGUGAGGGGGUGCUAUGCUUGUGACACUGUCUGUGAUUUAUUUAAAAUUCAAGGCACACUUAACCAGCGUGGCUACCACAGCAUUCUGCAGCGAUACGCCAUCCCAUCUGGUUUGGGCUUAGUGGGACUAUCAUUUGUUUUUCAACAGGACAAUGACCCAACACACCUCCAGGCUGUGUAAGGGCUAUUUUACCAAGAAGGAGAGUGAUGGAGUGCUGUAUCAGAUGACCUGGCCUCCACAAUCCCCCGACCUCAACCCAAUUGAGAUGGUUUGGGAUGAGUCGGACGGCAGAGUGAAGGAAAGUCAGCCAACAAGUGCUCAGCAUAUACAUUUACAUUUUAGUCAUUUAGCAGACGCUCAUAUGUGGGAACUCCUUCAAGACUGUUGGAAAAGCAUUCCAGGUGAAGCUGGUUGAGAGAAUGCCAAGAGUGUGCAAAGCUGUCAUCAAGGCAAAGGGUGUCUAUUUGAAGAAUCUCAAAUAUAUUUUGAUUUGUUUAACACUUUUUUGGUUACUACUUGAUUCCAUAUGUGUUAUUCCAUAGUUUUGAUGUCUUCACUAUUAUUCUACAAUGUAGAAAAUAGUAAAAAUAAAGAAAAACCCUUGAAUGAGUAGGCAUUCUAAAACUUUUGACCGGUAGUGUACCUAAUCACAUACAACCUGCAUUAACAUUUAAUUAGAGAUUUAAAAUGUUGAUGAGUAACACUAUCUAUUAUCCACUAACAUAGUAAUGAUGGACUGUUGUUUCCCUUUGCUUAUUUGAGCUGUUCUUGCCAUAAUAUUGACUUGGUAUUUUACCAAAUAGGGCUAUCUUCUGUAUACCCCCCCCUACCUUGUGACAACACAACUGCUGAUAGGCUCAAACGCAUUAAGAAGGAAAGAAAUUCAAGAAAUUAACUUUUAAGAAGGCACACCUGUUAAUUGAAAUGCAUUUCAGAUGACUACCUCAUGAAGGUGGUGGAGAGAAUGCCAAGAGUGUGCAAAGCUGUCAUCAAGGCAAAGGGUGGCUACUUUGAAGAAUCUCAAAUAUAGAAUAUAUUUUGAUUUGUUAACACUUUUUUGGUUACUACGUGUUAUUUCAUAGUUUUGAUGUCUUCACUAUUAUUCUACAAUGUAGAAAAUAGUAAAAAUAAAGAAAAACCGUUGAAUGAGUAGGUGUGUCCAAACUUUUGACUGGUACUGUACAUGCAAAACAUGAAUGUCAGAACUGUUACGAGAAAACUCUCUCUUAUUUCAUUUUCCCUGCAACCUCCCUAACUCCAGGAGUGAACGUGACUUACCCCUCUCGGCCGGGCACCCCUCCUCUCUCCUCCACUCAGCUCCUCAUCAACCCAGAGGAGGAGGAGUUCCAGCUGGUCGACCUAUCACGACGCUUCCUCAUCCUGGACUCGUUUUGGACACUGCCACGCCAGUUCCUGGGCAACAAGGUGCGGCAUCAUCACUACAUCACUUCCUGCUCUGCACUACUUUGGUCGUGUUCCCCUGCUCAGACGUUGCAUGCAUCAACCGUCGGGCACCAUAUGAUGUGGUUAGCUGAUACUCAAAAUACCUAUCCAGGUGUUGUAAGAUCUGGCAUGCAUCAGCAACCUCUGAGCAGAAGAACACAACCCUUGUCUCUCCAAUGACUCACCUUGACAUCAUGUUGAAAUUAGCUUACACUAGCAAGAUAACUACUAUAUUAAUUAUACAUGAAAUGCACAUCUGAAAGUGUCAGCACACAGAAAGUGUGUCAGAAAUGUUUACGUUAUAUUCAAAGGAAAGAAGCCCACACUGCUUGUAUCACACUUAUUCAUGGCUUAUGUUUCAGCCUCACAGCCCUCGUCAGAGCUUUGUCUGGCUUAUAUAACUAUGAAGUUAAUACAUCGCCGGUAUGUCUGUUUAUUUAGAUUGGCUCCUAUGGAGGGUCCCUGAAGUACAAGGUGCGUUACACGCUGGCCCGUGGUGAGACUGAGCCUGAGGAGAAACCAGACGUGGUCCUGACCGGGAACGGUCAGAGACUGGUCUACCGCAGGGGCAACCCCACCCCCUCCAGAGAGGUCAACCAGAAGGAGAUAAAGUUCUCUGAGGUGGGUCCAUCUGCUAACAACCACCCCACUUUUAGUUUAGUUUGGUUCAUAUACUCUUUGUCAAGAUCUUUAUGAAUAAAAUAAUGUAACUGUCUCUAGUCCUUAUUUGUACAGUAUAGUAGGGUUCCCCAACUGCCGGUCCACGGGCCAAAUUUAGCCCACGGGGUGAUUUUAUUUGGACCCCCAAGUUUUCUGAGACCACCCCACACACACUUUUUUUUUGUUGGACAUAAAAGACUGUAAAAACACCAGCAAAUCAGCUGCAAGUGAUUUGAAUUUUUGAAAUCUGUUCCAAGGUAUUCCCACGCAUAAUAGAGAGAUAUACAGUAUGUGAUCGUAUACGAAUGUAAGCAAGGUUCGAAAUGAUUAUGUUUUAGUCAAAUAUUAUAUCUAUUUGGGCUUCUUGCGGUCAAUUUGCAGUCAACAAAUUAUUUGUAGAAAAAUUCUGCUGAAUCUAAUUGAUGAUCCCUGCAGUAUAGGAUCAGUGGUUUAAGAUAAUUUGUUUAUGUCUUACAUAUGCUCUGGCUGACAUGUUGCUGUCUAGGCCUUCCAUGUGCAGUAAAUGAUAAUUGUUUUAAAUGUAGCCUAGCCGUCUAGGCCUUGUAUGAUCAUGAUCAAUAUCUGACUUCAGAUGGUUUGUGUGUGUUCUUGUAGGAGAACUGGCAGCACUCGUCGGGUCGCCAGGUGUCCCGUGAGGACCUGAUGAUGACGCUGGCCAGCCUGGAGAGCAUCAGCAUCCGCACCGUCUAUGACAACCACAUGGUGAGCGUGGCGCUCAGCGACAUUGUCAUGGACACCACCACUGUGGAGUACAACAUCCAUGGCAACGCCAAGGACGUGGAGGAGUGCAGGUGAGAUCCCAUAGACUGACUUCAGCCGAGGUUAAGAUUUGGAUUGGAUGUCGUUUGUCAUCGCUCCAUAGAGAAGUGACUUAAACCGUGGUACCGUUUUUUGUGACAAAUUAUCCCUAAGAGAAGGUGGAGUGCUUAGAACCUUUUAGUGCCUGCAACUUUUCGUAUAUUGUAAAUAAAUUAGCAUUGCAUUGUAUUGUGUUUGAAUUGUAGGAUAGUUUCUGUGGUCAGUUGUAAUGGCUUCCAUGGUGUGUGUUCCUCCCAGGUGUCCCCCUGGCUACUCAGGACUGUCCUGUGAACAGUGCUCCACUGGCUUUGAGCGUGUGUCUGGAGGGAACUUCCUGGGAUCCUGUGCUGGAUGUAACUGUAACGGACACGCCAGCGCCUGCGACCCAAUCAGUGGACAAUGUCUGGUGAGGACUCCUUUCAACACAACGUUAUCAUUAUACUAAAGCCUGGCUGUGAAUGACAAAGCUUUCAAGUUGUAUUCAAACUCAAUGUCUUUUAGCUGUAAAUUGAAUCUGUUGCAAGUGUUGCGAAUGUCAAGUAAACGUGUUGAGUUGGUGGUUCUCACAGUCAGUGACUGAUUUGUUAAACUGACUGUAGUAGCUGUUUACAAAAGUACCAGUCAUAUGCUGCACCUUAUUUGUUAAAUGACCUGUGGAUAAGUGUACAAAUAUAGAGCUAGUAACUGAACUACGUUCCUCUCCGUCCAUCAGAGCUGCCAGCACAACACUGAAGGUCCUCAGUGUGACAAGUGCAGACCAGGCUACUUCGGUGACCCCAGACGAGGUCGCCCCGAUGACUGCAAGCCAUGUCCCUGCCCAUACACCGAGACAUCCCGCAGGUGAAGGAUCACAAUGAGGUCACACACACACAUAUAUACAAAGACAUAUACACACACACAUAUAUACACCAGUGUUGGGGAGUAGUGAACUACAUGUAGUUCAACCAGUAAUUAAACUACAUUUUGCAAUAGCUUGGUGGGAGUUUAACUAAAUUCAAAUCAAGGUAGUGUUUUCAGUAGUUAAUUACUUUUUUGCCAUGUAGCGGUGUAGCUAACUACUGCAAUUACACGCUACUGUUUUUGCAAAAAGUAGGCAAUAAUUUCCUUUCAUUUACGGUAUCAGACCUGCAUGAUUCUCACUAGAAACAUAGUUAUUGUGUUUAAUAGGCACAUUUCUACAUUCUGUUAACAUAUGACCCUAAAGUGAUCUGAUCUUGUGAUUUGCAGUCUGACAUUUCAGAUUUACAUAUGAUCAUUUUGGGAUGUAGUGAACUAUAAUUCUCUUAAGGGUAGCUUUAGUGUAGCAUAACUUCUUGCAGUGUGAAGUAAUUGGUAGCUUGGUUAGCUAUACUAUCAGAGUAGCUUCCCCAACACUGACACAUACACACACACACACACCAUGGGAGAUAGACAGACAGAGAGAUGGAAAGAGCUUUUUCACACAGCAGGUUUACGUCCAUGUUGGGUAGAUUCACUGAGCACUCCAGAAGAACUCUGGGCUUAUUCGUUCAUUGCUGGUGUUGUCAACUUGUGACCCCUCUCGCUACCCAUUAACUGGCAGCUGUAGAUAUUAAUGUACAGAUCCUGUGAUGUUUGUUUGUGACUCCCAGGUUUUCCGACACCUGUUUCCUGGACCAUGACUCCCAGGCCACGUGCGACGCCUGCAAGCCAGGCUACACCGGCCGCCGCUGUGAAAAGUAAGGAAGGGACAUCACACCCUUUUACCUCUGCACUGUCUUUAAAGCAGUGCUAGCUUUACUGUAUAUGGAAUAGUUAUAAAAGCUGUUGAUGAAGAUGUUUGUGUUUUUUCCCCAUAGGUGUGUAUCUGGGUACCAGGGUAACCCACUGCAGCCCAAUGGCAAAUGUUUUCCAACCCGUGAGUGUUUCUUGUUUUUUUGGGGGGAUGGAAUGUACAUUGUUAGGCUUGAAUGUGUUAGGAAAGUUAUUCACCUGGACGGUUUUACCCAGAGACAUUUGUACAUAUACAUUAUGACUCUGCUUUAUAGUGCAUGCCAUGCUUUAUGUCCUACUGUACCUUUAAGAGCCUUGUAAUUAUUAACAUCAGUCAUACCUGCUAAGAAGGUGUCGUCAUCAGCCUGGUAUGUUGAGUGAUUGUGAAGGGGUUAGAGUUGGUGGAGCAACCCCAGGUGUUGAUCCAUAUCCAUUUGUCAUCUCCACUCCCUCUCUCUCUCUCUCUCCCUCCCUCCUUCAGCAAACUCAAAGUGUGAUAUUAGAGGAACAGUGAAUUCCAACAGCAGACCAUGCGCCUGCAAGGUAACACACUACGUGGCCUACUGUAUUUCAUUAUAAUGGCUAUAGUUUGAAUGGGGCUUUAGAUUAGAUGUAGGAGUUUUGAUAUGCUGUAGUAGAAGAUUACACUCUCAAUCACCAACAUUUUAACUCCAUUGUCUAUUCAUAGAGACAGUCAUAAACUUGGGCCUGUUUAGCUUUUGCUGCCAUUAUACAAUCAUCUUUUAUGAUUAUAGACAGUGAAUGAUGAACCAGUUGGACAGCCAGGGAUACAUGACAGAUGUGCAUGGCUGAUGUGUUCUGUGUGUUGCAGUCCAACGUGGUGGGGUCGCAGUGUGACGAGUGUAAGAGCGGCUCCUUCCACCUGACGGAGGACAACCCAGAGGGCUGUCUGCAGUGCUUCUGUAUGGGCGUCACCAAGCAGUGUGCCAGCUCCACCUGGAGCCGAGACCAGGUCAGUAGCCUGGCCGUACUACUACUCACACCAGCCAACACACACUACCUUUAUAGGGCAUGGGAGCUAGUGGACGGGGGACACAUUUAGGGAUCCGAAAAUAAAAGGAAUGUACACGCACUGGCCUUAGCACACCUGGGCAUGGGAGUAACCAUACUAUACCACUCCUAACAGUCAGCCAACAGACAAACAGGUUUCUACUGCGAGCCGGGAGUUUCCAGCGCUGGUCCUGGAGAGAUACUGGGUGUGAAGGACAAGCGCACUUUCAAGUAAUCAGCUAAUCAUGGUGUUUCACGAUUUGCUGAAUCAAGCGUGUUAGUACUGUGAGUUGAAGAAGCAUGCUCUACAGUUCAUGGGAGAAGUAGUGGAGACACUUUAGGGGUCAGGAAAUACAAGGAAUGUACAAGCACAUCCCAAACCACAGCAGUGCAUUGAGCCUGUCUUAAUGCACCUGUGCCCUUUUAGCUUGUACUUUGAGGAGAGGUGUUAUGGGUCUAAAGUGUGUUUGUGUCCCACAGGUCCGUGGCGGUGUGAACGGUCAGCUCUUCUCCCUCUCCAACAGAGCCAAUACCAGAACCAUCACAGACGGCAUCGCUCAGAGAGGCUCCUCAGAGGUGGCGUACCGAUCCUUCUCUGACAUCCCCAACGACAUCUACUACUGGGUCCUACCAGACAGCUUCAGAGGAGACAAGGUGAGAGAGGGGAGAGAGUGGAGACAAGGGGAGAGAGUGGAGACAAGGGGAGAGAGGGGAGACAAGGGGAGAGAGUGGAGACAAGGGGAGAGAGUGGAGACAAGGGGAGAGAGGGGAGACAAGGGGAGAGAGUGGAGACAAGGUGAGAGAGGGGAGAGAGUGGAGACAAGGGGAGAGAGUGGAGACAAGGGGAGAGAGGGGAGACAAGGGGAGAGAGUGGGAAGGGAGAGAGUGGAGACAAGGGGAGGAUGGAGACAAGGUGCGAGGUGGAGACAAGGGGAGAGAGUGGAGACAAGGGGAGAGAGUGGAGAGAGUGGAGACAAGGGGAGAGAGUGGGAGAGAGUGGAGGACAAGGGGAGAGGGAGAGAGUGGAGACAAGGGGAGAGGGGAGAGUGGAGACAAGGGGAGAGAGUGGAGACAAGGGGAGAGAGGGGAGACAAGGGGAGAGAGUGGAGAGAGUGGAGACAAGGGGAGAGAGUGGAGAGAGUGGAGACAAGGGGAGAGAGUGGAGACAAGGGGAGAGAGUGGAGACAAGGGGAGAGAGUGGAGUGGAGACAAGGGGAAGAGAGGGGAGAGAGUGGAGACAAGGGGGAGAGGAGGUGGAGACAAGGGAGAGAGUGGAGGAAGGGGAGAGAGUGGAGACAAGGGGAGAUGAGCAUGGAGAGAGUGGAGACAAGGGGAGAGGAGAGUGGGACAAGGGGAGAGAGGUGGAGACAAGGGAGAGAGUGGAGACAAGGAGGAGAGAGUGGAGACAAGGGGAGAGAGUGGAGACAAGGGGAGAGAGUGGAGACAAGGGGAGAGAGUGGAGACAAGGGGAGAGAGGGGAGACAAGGGGAAAGGGGAGACAAGUGGGAGACAAGGGGAGAGAGUGAGACAAGGGGCGAGUGGAGGUGGAGAAGGGAGAGAAGGGGAGAGAGGGAAGAGGGGGAAGACAGGGGAGAUGAGAGACAAGGGGAGAGAUGAGUGGUAGGAGGCUUUGACUCUUUUUUUACACUUACAUGUAUUUCUCCUCUUACCCUGAGAGUAGACUAUAGGGACAGGAGAAAUUGUCAUCAACUUUUAUUUUUACUGAGUAGUCUUCCCUCUGGAAGCAAGGUGUGAUUUAAAUGUGGUCAUGCUAGAUUUCACCGCCCACAUGCUCUCUCAACAUGUGAAAACUAUAAAGGCUUUACAUACCUAAACAAAGAGAAGCUCUCUACUUCUGGUUUGAGUUCAUGGUCAUGCACAUGUCAUCAUGUGAUCCGUGACCUAGCUAGCCUUAGAGUCUCAUGGAGUGAAAUACCUUUCCACCGUGCAUUAAAGCGGGUGGUUGUUGUAGAAUCUUGAACGUCUCUUUCUGACAUGUUGUUACCAGGUGACAGCCUACGGCGGGGAGCUGCGCUACACCGUGCGCUACGAGCCCCGGCAACACUCACUGGUGAUUGACAGACAGCCAGACGUGGUUCUCCAAGGCAAUGGCAUCUUCCUGGAACACUUCUCCCAGAUUAAGCCCCGCCCCCGCGUCCCCGCUACUGUCACUGUCACCUUCAGAGAGGUGGGUCACUGUGUGUGUGUUUGUGUGCGUGCGCUCAGGUGCGCACAUGUUUUUUUUAACUGAUUAUAAACCGUUUGUAAUCUUAACAUCAAAAUGCAAUACCAUGUUGUCUUCAUUGAUAAUCUUGUAUAAAUGACCUAAUUAGAUUACCAUUAAUUACCAUGACCUAAUCUUGGCUAUAAUCCCAACUCUAAUCCUGAGUUUGCCAUGGCAGAGUGUUGCACUGAGCCUUGUUUCUCUCUCCCUGUGUUUCCCCCCUACCAGUCUGCAUGGAGGCGUGUUGAUGGACAGCCCUGUACUCGUGAGCACCUCCUCAUGGCCUUGGCUGAUACUACUGUCUUCAUGAUCAGAGCCACCUACGCUGGCAACAUGGCUGAGACCAGGUAAAACCGACCGGGUGCCCUGUUGAGAUUCACUCAAAAUGAUUCCACAUGAUGGGGAUUCUAAAGAAUCAUUAGGAAACCGCUCUCAGUAUGAGCUACUGGAAACACCCAUGUGGCUGUUGUUGUUAUUGUUGUUGUUAGGGUUGUUGUUGUUGUAGUUGCCUCACCUGUGUUGUUGUCUGUUGUCCAGUCUCUCAAACAUCCGGAUGGACAUUGCAGUGCCCCAUUCCACAGGCAACGAACCGGCCCUGGACAUGGAGUACUGUGCCUGUCCCCAGGGCUACAAGGGACCAUCAUGUCAGGUACAGUACACACGCACACAUACCACAAAAUCAAUGUACUGUACAUCCUGAUCUUAUAGUUCCUCCUCUGUUACCUCUCCUAGUUGUAAAGUUCCAGUGUGCUCACUUUGUUCUAUGGUACAGUAGACAUCUUGGAAAGAAACACAGAGUGGAAAUCUUAGAGCAUGCUGUAAUGGAACAACAAGACAAUCAACUGUGCUACAUGCAGUGUUUUCACUACAUGGCCUGUUGUUUUCCCAUGUCUUUCCAUCUGUUUCUAUACAGGAGUGUGACGUGGGCUACACCCGUACAGGCUCUGGGCUCUACCUGGGUACCUGCGAGAGGUGCGACUGUAACGGCCAUGCCAGCGGCUGUGACCUGGAGACAGGCGCGUGCUUGGUAAGUCACACCACCCUCCUGUUGUAAUUUAAGUCAGUAGUACAGUACUACAGCUGCACUUGGCUUUGAAGUCUGCUAUGGAAUGUGCUAAUGGUUUCUUGGCGAAUCUCAACAUGUGGAAACAGAUUCAGAACACACAUGGGCUCAUAAUAGGAUUUCACUGUUCCAUGGAUGGAUCCACCACUCUCUCUCUUGCCUCUCAUGCGUCUCCCUUUUUUAGCAAUGCCUUCACAACACGGCCGGCCCAAGGUGUGAGCGCUGUUUGCCAGGUUUCUAUGGCAACCCUGUGACGGACGGACCUCAGUCUUGUCUGCCCUGCCCCUGCCCUGGCACUUCUCCCAGCAACCAGUGAGUUCACUCCUCCUCAUGUACUCUACAGCAGCGAUUCUCAACUGGUGGGUCGCGUCCAAAAUUUGGGUUGCGGUAGCUUUUGAAUGGGUCGAGGGUCUCUGAGUAUUUAUUUUUAUGAAAAAAUAAUCCAGUCUGAACUUAAACGACUAAAUGACAAAAUAAUAAUUUAAUCUCUGUACUAUUUUUCUUCAAUCACAGUAUAAAAUGCUAUUAGCAGCUCUAUUCAGCAGAUUUGGUUGAUUUUGUGGUCUCAAACUAGUGACCUUAUAAAUGAUUAUAUAAUAAGAAUCUGGGCAAAAUUGAAUUAUUUCCUUUGUCAUAUAAUUGCUGCAAUGUCUCUAGAACUCUAGCUCCAGAUUUAUCCUCUUGGAAAGAUCCUUAAUCUAUUUAUAAACAUGUGUCUAUUCACCUGAUGGUCAACCUCAUAGAGAUCAUAUUUAAUUCUGUGGUCAACCUGCUCUUUGCAAAGACAUUUGAUCUGUCAGUGACUGGUCAUGCAGUUCCAUUGUUGUGUCAGCUAUGACCCUGUUAUUUAUAAUACAGAGUAGGGUUGUAUACUGGCUUACGAGACUGAUACAAGUCUCUUCCUUCCCUGCAGGUAUUCUCAGUCUUGCUACAAGGAUGCGGACGGUCAGCCCACUUGUGAUAACUGUCCCCCUGGCUUCACUGGCCGGCGCUGUGAAAGGUAAUACUCCCUCCAUCUCCACUUCCAUCUCCACCUAUCCCCUCCAGCCUUAAGGUCAGCUGUUUACUGGUCAGUGGUCUGGGGAUACUGGGCUUGCCAAAGCACGGAAAGCAGAGGUGACUAGUCUGGCACCCACUUGUUUCCUUUAUAAAAUGGGUAUAGUAGCAUGUCUGUCUGAUUGCAUCCCUCUUUCAACCAGUCUUUCCAACCAGUCAUGAUUGAUAUGUGAGUGUUAGUGGAAUGGUAUGGGAGAAGCAAAUCUCAAACCAACGCCACCCAUUCCAGUUAGUUAGUAAAGGUUUCUCUGGGUUGGGUUCGGUCUCCGCAAUAGCAGUGCUCUUUAUGCUAUUUGAGAGGUCAAUAUCUGUGUUGGAUUAUUGCGCUUGGCAAACGGACAUUGUAUUUAUCAAUGGGCAUUUUUGUUUUAAAAAUGUGUCUGGUGUUCCAUGGGAUUACACAUGUAAUAAUGAGUUGUGAUAUUACUUUUCUUGUCGUAAAAGCCAACAAGUGGUGAAACCAAGUCUUUCGUGUUUGGACUUGUAGUUGUGUCCUGAGGAAACUUUAUGUCACAUGGUUUUUGCUUUCUUUCCUUUGCCUUAGCUUGAGUGCUUUGCCUGAAGUUUCUCAGAGUCUACUGCUUUCUGCUCUAGCUGCUUGUUAAAAGGUUUAGAAGCUGUGGGCUAAUGCUGUCAGUCUUUAUUCCUGGGCUAUGUUGACAUUAUUCUCUCUCCGAGGCAUAAAUCUAGAGGUGGCAUUUCUAAUGUCAUGUCUGUUUGACGAAUCUUUGCUACUCAAUGUGCAAAGAUGACGAUGUGGUGACUGGUUAAACAAACAUUGGUAUGUUUUGAUAAGUUGACCCUGCCCUAUGUCUGAUUUUAAUGUUUUGAUCAUUAAGAACACAAGACAGUUGUGUGGACCCAUACCUGCAAGAGGACUAUGAGGAUUUCCUCCCGCCAGGUUGUGGUGAGGCAGUGUUCAACUUUAGCCUGGAGAAACAUGUGGUGCCAGAGGGCAGUGGAGACGAGGAGGAGGGGGAGGAGGAUUAUGAUGAGGAGGAGGAGGACACACACUAUAGCCCACAGCCAGACGAGGAGCAGGAGGAUUAUAAGGAGGAUAUAGACUAUAGCCCACAGCCAGACAAGGAGCAGGAGAAUUAUAAGGAGGAUAUAGACUAUAGCCCACAGCCAGACAAGGAGCAGGAGAAUUAUAAGGAGGAUAUAGACUAUAGCCCACAGCCAGACGAGGAGCAGGAGGAUUAUAAGGAGGAUAUAGACUAUAGCCCACAGCCAGACGAGGAGCAGGAGGAUUAUAAGGAGGAUAUAGACUAUAGCCCACAGCCAGACGAGGAGCAGGAGGAUUAUAAGGAGGAUAUAGACUAUAGCCCACAGCCAGACAAGGAGCAGGAGGAUUAUAAGGAGGAUAUAGACUAUAGCCCACAGCCAGACGAGGAGGAUUAUAAGGAGGAUAUAGACUAUAGCCCACAGCCAAACAAGGAGCAGGAGGAGACAGACUAUGGUCCGCAGCCAGAGGAGGAGGAGGAGGACACUGAAUACAGCCAACAGCCAGAUGAGGAGGAGGAGGACACUGAAUACAGCCAACAGCCAGAGGAGGAGGACACUGAAUACAGCCAACAGCCAGAGGAGGAGGACACUGAAUACAGCCAACAGCCAGAGGAGGAGGAGGAGGACACUGAAUACAGCCAACAGCCAGAGGAGGAGGACACUGAAUACAGCCAACAGCCAGAGGAGGAGGAGGAGGACACUGAAUACAGCCAACAGCCAGAGGAGGAGGAGGACACUGAAUACAGCCAACAGCCAGAGGAGGAGGACACUGAAUACAGCCAACAGCCAGAGGAGGAGGAGGAAAAAGAGGAGGACACUGAAUACAGCCAACAGCCAGAGGAGGAGGAGGAGGACACUGAAUACAGCCAACAGCCAGAGGAGGAGGAGGAAAAAGAGGAGGACACAGAUUAUAGCCAAAGGCCAUACAUUCCCACACGGUGGCCAUCAAACAUCCCCACACGGAGCCUACUGUCCACUACCAGCCACCGUACCCAACCCACUCGCCCUACCAUCCCUACUCGCCCUACCACUCGCCCAGCCGCUCACCCUACCACUCCUACUCACCCAACCACAACCACCCCCAUAGCUGACAUGGUCCAAGUCCACCUGAAUAGGACUGCACCCAGGGUUCCAUCACUGAACACGCCCAGCCCUGAGGUUAGAGAGCACAGCUUCCAGUUCCUAAUGAGGCUUCACAUGAACCGCUUCAACCAGCGCCUCAGCAUGUUGGAGAGCAACACCCUAGACAUCAAGGAGGGUAUCCAGGCCAUGAGGGGCCAGCAGAGCAAGCUCAGCACCCAGCUGGAGACGCUGCAGUCACAGUCUGCCCUGGAGAAGAAGGAGAGGGUGGGCAAGCUGGAGAGUAGCUACACAGACAUGGAAACUCGUCUGAGAAGGCUGGAGGGUCGUCUGGAGAUUGUGAUAGAUGGGUUUACUGCCCUGGCUCAGGAGAUGAACAAGGUGAAACGCGUCAGACAAAUAGCACGGUCUGCUAAGGAGGCGAUGGCUCUGCCACCAGUCUCCACAGCCUUAGUGCCAGGUGUUACCACAACUCGACACUCCUUCAGGACUUCUCAAUUAACAACCGUGACAACACUGAGAUCCACUGUCGGGACUCAAUCCACAACCACCAGGUCACAAACUAGAGCCACAGUCCCCAAAAGCUUACCCAUGCCCCGUCUCCCUGCUAAGAAAGCCAUGAUAGCCCGUAAGUCCACCACCAAAACAGUCAAACAAACUACAAAUCUUCAAACAACGGUCACCACAAAGCCCACGUCCCAAACAGUCAAAAACAGACAAACUACAAAACCUAAACCAUUAACUAGAUCCACUAAAAGUAAUGUAAAUUCAAAGUCCAGCCCAAGACAAAAUACUACCCUAAGUAAACCCAGGACUAGCUCUAGACCACGUAGUACAACAAAUCCUAGCACUAGACCACGUAGUACAACAAAGCCUGAAACAAAGACUACGAUGGCCAAUAAGCUUCAUGUGACAGCUAAUAAGCGCUCAACACAGACACGUCAAUCAAAACCAAGGCAAGCUAAAGAAGACCUGGCUAACACUCAAUAUCAGCUGGCACCACCAUCCCAUAAACUUAAGCCUCCAACACAGGUGUCAAAAAAUCCAACGUCAUCCAAGUCACGUAAUGAAGCUGCUAAACAGGAAAAGGAUGCUUCUCGUGCUAGGAGCAAUGAUAAAAUAUACAGUGCCUUUAGAUCAGUUGCACCUGAUUCAAAGAUUCAACCCAAUGUUAAAAUCAAAGAAACAGUUGUCAAGAAACCAUCCCACUCAAACAAUGGUAACUUUAGACCUAAUGGAGAAACCACUGCUCCAGACUCAUACCAGUUGGCCCCACCGUCCCACAAAGUCCAGGAAGUGUCAAAAGCCAAAACAAGUUACUCCAAGAAAGUUCUCACCACCACGUUGGCACCCACCAAAACGACCUCUUCUUCAAAGCGUUCCAGGUUAACAAUGAAGAGUAAAGUCAAAACUACUCGUUCCAAGAGACCCUCACAGAAGAAGAAAUCCCAGCCCCAGUCCAAUGUUCUGGACCUGCUCAAACUAGUUCAAAGGAAUUAUCAAAAAUCAUCCCAAAAGAACAAGAAACAGAAGCAAGAUGGUUCCGAUGGUUCUUUUCACAUUGUUCUAGGAAGGCUGGCCAUUCCCAUCAAAAUUAUCCCUGAUUAUUAGGUACAUUUAUAUAUUUUUUUUAACUUGAACUAAUUUCAACAUGUAUCUAAAAGAACCUGUUUGUGGACCUGAUAUUUAUGCUUAUUUUUAUAACAUAUUUUUUAUCUAUGGAAUAUGUCAAAUUAAUGUUUUUGAUAAAGGACUGCGUGAGUUUGAGAGUAACUUCUUCAUGUACAGGCAACAUUGUUAUUGUGUUUAAAGGUGCAUCAUGAAAUAAUAUACAGUUACCCUAUUCAAAGUUGUACAUUUACAAAAGUUGUUUGGUGCUAUUUUGCUUGAGCCCAGUGGGUCAGACUACCUCAAGACGUACACAUGCAGUAUUUAGAGAGUAUUACAUUUCAACUUUCAGAGCAGAAUUUAUAAAUAACCCCUAUUAUACAGACAAAUUGUACAUGUCAAAUUGGUUUAGCACAAUAAUGCAAGUACAGUGCAUUUAGAAAGUAUUCAGACCCCUUGACUUUUUCCACAUUUUGUUAUGUUACAGCUUUAUUCUGAAAUAGGAUUUAAUUGUUUUUUUCCCUCAUCAAUCUACACACAAUACCCCAUAAUGACAAAGCAAAAACAGGUUUUUAGAAAUGUUAGCAAAUUUAUAAAGAAUAGAAAACUGAAAUAUCACAUUUACAUAAGUAUUCAGACCCUUUACUCAGUACUUGGUUGAAGCACCUUUUGCAGCAAUUACAGCCUCGAGUCUUCUUCAGUAUGACGCUAAAAGCUUGGCACACCUGUAUUUGGGGAGUUUCUCCCAUUCUUCUCUGCAGAUCCUCUCAGGCUCUGUCAGGUUGGAUGGAGAGCGUCGCUGCACAGGUGUUUUCAGGUCUCUCCAGAGAGGUUGGAUCAGGUUCAAGUCCGGGCUCUGGCUGGGCCACUCAAGGACAUUGAGACUUGUCCCGAAGCCACUACUGCGUUGUCUUUGCUGUGUGCUUAGGGUCGUUGUCCUGUUGGAAGGUGAACUUUCGCCCCAGUCUGAGGUCUUGAGCGCUCUGGAGCAGGUUUUCAUCAAGGAUCUCUCUGUACUUUGCUCCAUUCAUCUUUCCCUCAAUGCUGACUAGUCUCCCAGUCCAUGCCGCUGAAAAACAUCCCCACAGCAUGAUGCUGCCACAACCAUGCUUCACCGUAGGGUAUUGGCCAGGUGAUGAGCGGCGCCUGGUUUCCUCCAGACGUGAUGCUUGGCAUUCAGGCCAAAGAGUUCAAUCUUGGUUUCAUCAGACCAGAGAAUCUUUUUUCUCAUGGUCUGAGAGUCCUUUAGGUGCCUUUUGGCAAACUCCAAGCGGGCUGUCAUGUGCCUUUUACUAAGGAAUGGCUUCCGUCUGGCCACUCUACCAUAAAGGCCUGAUUGGUGGAGUGCUGCAGAGAUGGUUGUCCUUCUGGAAGGUUCUCCCAACUCCACAGAGGAACUCUGGAGCUCUGUCAGAGUGACCAUCGGGUUCUUGGUCACCUCCCUGACCAAGGCCCUUCUCCCCCGAUUGCUCAGUUUGGUGGUUCCAAACUUCUACCAUUUAAGAAUGAUGGAGGCCACUGUGUUCUUGGGGACCUUCAAUGCUGCAGAAAUGUUUUGGUACCCUUCCCCAGAUCUGUGCCUCGACACAGUCCUGUCUCAGAGCUCUAUGGACAAUUCCUUCAACCUCAUGGCUUGGUUUUUGCUCUGACAUGCACUGUCAACUGUGGGACCUUAUAUAGAUAGGUGCGUGCCUUUCCAAAUCAUGUCCAAUCAAUUGAAUUUACCACAGGUGGACUCCAAUCAAGUUGUAGAAAUAUCUCAAGGAUGAUCAAUGGAAACAGAAUGCACCUGAGCUCAAUUUCGAGUCUCAUAGCAAAGGGUCUGAAUACUUAUGUAAAUAAGGUAUUUCUGUUUUUUAUUUUUAAUACAUUUGCUAACAUUUCUAAAAACCUGUUUUCGCUUUGUCAUUAUGGAGUAUUGCGUGUAGAUUGAUGAGGGAAAACAUCAAUGUAAUCUAUUUUAGAAUAAGGCUGUAACGUAACAAAAUAUGGAAAAAGUGAAUGGGUUCGAAUACUUUCCGAAUGCACUGUAUAUGUAUACCAGUGGAGGCUGGUGGGAGCAGCUAUAGGAGGACAGGCUCAUUGUAAUGGCUGGAAUGGAACAAAUGGAACGGCAUCAAACACAUCAUACGUACGGUAUGGAACCCACCUUUGACUGUGUUCCAAUAUUUCCAUUCCAGCCAUUACAAUGAGCCCGUCCUCCUAUAACUCCUCCCACCAGCCUCCACUGAUGUACAAUACAGGACUGUCAGUUAAGUAUUUGAAGUGAGUUUGCCCAAGCUUUCGUCCCUAUGUUCAUGUGUAAAUCUUUUUUUUUUAUUCCAUCUGCUAUUAUUAUUAGAUGUCUAUCGAUAUGAUUGUGUAUGUUAAUGUAAUCCAUUAUUAUGGUGUAUUAUGUACUUUAUAGCGUUCAUUCUGCCCUUGCUGCCUUGUGAUUGUACUUUAAAAGUUUUUAAAAAAGUUUUUUAGUUUUAGUUUUUGUACAUAACCUGAAUAGCAACAUGAAGCAUGUAAAAUGUCAACCCAUUUCUUUACAGCAACAAUAUCCAGAUUUGGCUUCAUCAUGCAUUGGUCAGAUAGUUUCCAAAAAACGUUUUAGCUUCUUACUGUAAAGUUAGACUGGACAGGUUUUUCCAAAGUCCCAUUGAAGCUGUGCGUUUGUUGGCUGUUCAACCGUGGAGCUUCCAGUGACAAGGUAAGAACUGGAGCAGCAUGGGUAGCUCUCCCCCAGGGUAGCUUGGCCUAUUGGGCUCUUUAGCUGGACAGAGCUUUGGUGGAUGGACGUAGUGCCUCAGCUUGCUUGGGCAAUGGGCAUCAUUCUUCUUAGUUUCUCAGUCUUAUAUCAUGAUGUGAUAUGAUGCCUCUUUCUGCACUUAGACUUCAGUUCUCCUGUUCAUUUUCUCUGCUCUGCUCUGCUGUCUUUAUCAAGGUGUACUUUGGUGACACAUUCUUUUAAAAUGGAAAUGUAACUUUAAUGCAGCCUUCCUCAGUUCGUCUUCUAGCAACCUACGAGAGGAGAGAUGGUUUCAACAUUUGACCCAUGUUGAGAGUUGUAGCAUUGGCUGUGCUUUGUCUAUCUCCACCAUCGGCAAUACAUACAUAUCUUUUAGCCUCUUUUUGCAUCUGGGAAACUCAAAAGCCAGUGGAUUUUCAAGUGGUGUAUCAAAGCUGUAUGUGUCACUAUGUGAUCGUGAGUAGUGUUUAAAAAAAAAAACUCAUAAUGCAGGGGACCUGGGGGAUACCUAGUGCUUGAACAAUGGAAAUCCACAAUGAAUAAAUUGUUGAUGUUGGCUAAUAAUGUGACAAAUCUAUUGUAUAGCUUGUAUACAUCAUGCAUAGUAUUUUACUGGCAAUGUAUUUUCAUGUGUCUAUUCUGGGCCAAGAGUGUGCUGCGAGGACAAGCCUCAUCAUGUAUCUUCACACAGCUCAACCAAUUUCCUGCCCCCAUUGUUCCUUCCCUGUAUGUAUCCUCGUUGACUGGAAAUGUUUGUUUUAAAGUGUACCUUUUGGCUGUUCUCCAUUUCAGAUGUGCUGCUGGGUACACAGGCAACCCCCAGCUUGGACAAAGGUGUAUCGUUGGCAACAAUGAUCUCAAUGGUAGGUAUAUAGAUUAUUCAAUUAAAUAUAACUUUAUCGCCUCAGGGGCAGUGUUAGUAGUGCUAACAUAUUGCAGUUAUGUACAUUAUAAAAAUAAAUAAAAAAAUUAUAGUAUUUGGUGGAAUGAAGGCACACAGAGUGAAAACCUCAGCUGUGGCAUGUUAACAGGUAACUGCUACAACUGUGACCAGAGAGGAAGUGAAGGAUGCAAUGGAAAUGGUGUGUGUCGCUGCAAGGUACGUUUUUCAUAAAACCACCAUCCGCAUUGACAUCCUCCAAUAUCCUUAUCCACUAGUUAUCGCUCUAAGUUUGUCCCAUAUAAAUAGAGUUACUAGAAUGGCAUUCCCAUUCAAGUCAAUGUUCUAUUUCUAUGGUUAGUUCACCUCUCACACUAUAUCAUUGUGUUACCAGAUGAACGUUGAGGGCCCUGCUUGCUCCGACUGUAAGCAGGGAACCUUCCACCUCAGCACAGGCAACAAAGAUGGCUGCCUGUCCUGCUUCUGCAUGGGAGUCACUCAGCAGUGCUCCAGCUCCUCCCACUACAGAGACCAGGUACCCAGGCAACAAGAACUAGGAAACUACUUCCUUAAAAACAUAUAUGAGUAAAUAUAUGAAGAGAGCACUUUGAGAGUAGCCUGGCGCUGGUCCCAUAUUUGUUUGAGUUUGACGUGACAAUGACCAAUUAAGGAGUUGGCAAGUCAACACACAAACAGAUACUUACAGCUUUGUUGAGAGCACUGCAAUUGCCAAUAAUGUUCUACUGAACUGAAUAAACGGAUUACAUUUUCUGACGCUUUUCCUGUCUCUCUGAGUGUGAUUGGUUGAUCAUCCCUUCCUGUGUGUCCUGCAGGUGUCGUCCGUCUUUGCCCCAGGUAACUUCCAGGGCUUUGCUUUGGUCAACCGGCAGCGCACCAACCGUAUCUCCACCGGCUUCACCGUGGAGGUGUCCACCGACGGCACCCAGCUCUCCUACAGCAACUUUGACUACCUGGGCCAGGAGCCCCACUAUUGGCAGCUGCCCGGGGCUUUCCAGGGGGAUAAGGUGAGUCCCAGUUGAUGAUCUGGCCACUGUGGCCAUCAGAGACGAUACAAACGCUGUCCCAACGUCUACUCCCACUCUCUCUCUAUAUGGUGCAAAGUGGCUUCUUUUCAUUCUGAAACCUCUAGCAUUCCUGCUCCUAACAGCGCUUAAAUGCUCUCUCAAUUUCUGCCUGAAUGUCUGUGCUGGUCUUUGCUGUGAAAGGAUUUGCUAAAUGAGUUAUCGUAGAGAACACUAAGUUUGAGGGCCAAUCUCAUAGUGGGAAUUGUAGAAACAGAGUUUGGUUGUAUGCUCCAUGAAUUUACCAUCUAUUACAGGGGUUAGAACCUCAUCAGAAAGCAUUAGCCAUAGCAAUCUCUGAGAUAGUCCGUACUGUACUGUUUGUUGAUGCACAUACACUACCGGUCAAAAGUUUUAGAACACCUACUCAUUCAAGGGUUUUUCUUUAUUUUUACUAUUUUCUACAUUGUAGAAUAAUAGUGAAGACAUCAAAACUAUGAAAUAACACAUAUGGAAUCAUGUAGUAACCAAAAAAGUGUUAAUCAAAUGAAAAUAUAUUUUAUAUUUGAGAUUCUUCAAAUAGCCACCCUUUGCCUUGAUGACAGCUUUGCACACUCCUGGCAUUCUCUCAACCAGCUUCACCUGGAAUGCUUUUCCAACAGUCUUGAAGGAGUUCCCACAUAUGCUGAGCACUUUUUGGCUGCUUUUCCUUCACUCUGCGGUCCAACUCAUCCCAAACCAUCUCAAUUUGGUUGAGGUCGGGGGAUUGUGGAGGCCAGGUCAUCUGAUGCAGCACUCCAUCACUCUCCUUUUUGGUAAAAUAGCAGUACACAGCCUGCAGGUGUGCUGGGUCAUUGUCCUUUUGAAGAACAAAUGAUAGUCCCACUAAGCCCAAACCAGAUGGGAUGGAAUAUCAAUGCAGAAUGCUGUGGUAGCCAUGCUGGUUAAGUGUGCCUUGAAUUCUAAAUAAAUCACAGACAGUGUCACCAGCAAAGCACCCCCACACCAUAACACCUCCUUCUCCAUGCUUUAAGGUGGGAAAUACACAUGCGGAGAUCAACCGUUCACCCACACCGCGUCUAACAAAGACACGGCGGUUGGAACCAAAAAUCUUACAAUUGGACUCCAGACCAAAGGACACAUUUACACCAGUAUAAUGUCCAUUGCUCGUGUUUUUUGGCCCAAGCAAGUCUCUUCUUCUUAUUGGUGUCCUUUAGUAGUGGUUUCUUUGCAGCAAUUCGAACAUGUAGGCCUGAUUCACACUGUCACGACUUCCGCAGAGGCUGCCUCCCCUCCUUGUUCGGGCAGGUUUCAGCAUUCGGCAUCACCGGCUUACUAGCUACUGCCGAUCCAUUUAUCAUCAGGCCAUUUGUCUUGUCUUCAAUCACACACACCUGGUCCUUAUCCCUCAUUAGUCAUUGUAUAAGUGUUCCCUCUGUUUCCUUGUCUGUGUGGGUGAUUGUUUAUUGUGGAGGUUAGUGAAGCUCGGUGGAGCUCGUGUAUUUUGUAUCGAAGGGAGUAUUUUCCCGUGUGCCUUGUAUUUUCCAGUGCACCUGUUUUGUGCCCUGGAGUGUGUUUGAUGCAUUUCUGCGUAAACCAGUAUUUUGCGGAUUAAAGCCUGUUAUUCUGUGAUUUAUCCUCCUGAGCCUGAUUCCUUCAACACCACAACAUCACAGAAUCACCCACCCGAAUAUGGAGUCAGCGGGAGAAGAGCGCAUGCCUGGAGUCAUGGCACGGGUCCAGGAGCAUUCCACGAUGCUGGCCAGCUCUGUCGAGACCAGCUGGCCAACCGGAUCCAGCCACCUACACCCCAGCACCCGGAGGGAUCCAGAUAUCCCGACCACGGGCGUUUGAUGGGACGACGGCGCUGUGCCAGGGAUUCCUCCUCCAAUUGGAGCUUUAUUUUGCCAGCAUCAGGCCGGAACCAUCGGAGUGGGAGAAGGUGUCCGUCCUCAUUUCCUGACUCUGUGAGAAAGCCCUGGAGUGGGCCAACGCGGUGUGGAACGAAGGAGGAGCCGCAAUGGAGGACUACAGGGAGUUUGCUCGCCUCUUUCGGGCGGUCUUCGAUCACCCGCCCAAGGGUAGAGAGGCGGGUGAGCGACUGGUCCAUCUGAGGCAGGGGACGAGGACCACGCAGGACUUCGCGUUGGAGUUACGGACGCUGGCAGCGGGGUCCGGGUGGAACGAGCGGGCCCUGAUCGACCAUUUCCGGUGCCAUCUGCGAGAGGACGUCCGACGGGAGCUAGCCUGCCAAGACACCAUGUUGUCCUCCAACGAACUGGUGGGCACGGCCAUUCGUUUGGACAACCUGCUGGCAGCCAGAGGACAUCCUGGUAGGGGUCUGCCUGUUUCCACCCCGGACGACUCAGAUCCCGAGCCGAUGGAGCUGGGUGGAGCCACAGGCCGAGAGAGCGGAGGAGGACAGCGACAGUGCCACCCUGGUGGCACGAAGGGACAAUACACCACACGUCGUAGUCUACGUUCUUUUCGCAUCAACCCAGGUAUCGAACACCCACACUCGUUCAGAGCCCUCUGCUGUGCACUGUAAAAUACACAUCUCCUUUCCUGAGCACAUGGUAGUUCCCCAGUGUAAGGCGCUAGUCGAUUCAGGCGCAGCUGGGAACUUUAUGGACAGGGCAUUCGCACACCGUAUAGGCAUUCCAUUGAUUCCCCUAUCCAUUCCACGCCCCAUCAGAGCACUUGAUAGUCUACCAUUGUGGGUUGGUUAAGGAAGUUACUGCACCAGUCACCAUGAUUACCCAGGAGACUCAUUGUGAGCAGGUUACUUUUUCCAUUAUUGAGUCUCCUGCUUUCCCUGUGGUAUUAGGUAACCCUUGGCUAGCACUCCACAACCCCACCUUCUCAUGGCCGCAGAGGGUUCUCACGGGGUGCUCGCGAGAGUGUCAGGGUAGGUGUCUAGGUGUUUCUGUUGGUGCAACCACGGUGGAAAGUCCAGACAGUACCUCCACCGUGCGCAUUCCCCCUGAAUACCUCGAUCUGGCGCAAGCGUUCUCUAAAACGCAGGCGAUUAAGUUACCACCUCAUUGGGCGGGGGAUUGCGCGAUAAACCUCCGGGUAGACGCUGUACCUCCCAGGAGUCAUAUAUACCCCCUGUCACAGGCUGAAACGGUGGCUAUGGAGACAUAUGUCACCAUGUCCCUGCGCCAGGGGUAUAUACGUCCCUCCACUUCACCCACCUCCUCAAGUUUUUUCUUUGUGAAGAAGAAGGACGGAGGUCUGCGCCCGUGCAUUGAUUAUUGACCACUGAACAGGGAGACGAUAAGAUUUAGUUAUCCUCUCCCCCUCGUUCCUUCAGUGAUUGAAUCAAUGCAUGGGGCGCGCUUCUUCACCAAAUUAGAUCUCAGGAGUGCAUACAACCUGGUACGUAUCCGAGAAGGAGAUGAGUGGAAGACAGCAUUCAGCACAACCACAGGGCAUUAUGAAUACCUGGUGAUGCCCUAUGGUUUGAUGAAUGCUCCCUCAGUUUUCCAGUCCUUUGUGAACGAGGUGUUUCGGGACAUGCUUGGUCGCGGUGUAGUGGUCUACAUCGAUGACAUCCUGGUGUAUUCCGCUAUGCGCGCCGAGCAUGUGUCCCUGGUUUGCAAGGUGCUGGCCCGACUGUUGGAAAAUGACCUUUAUGCUAAGGCAGAGAAGUGUAUGUUUUUCCAGCAGUCCGUCUCCUUCCUUGAAUACCGCAUUUCCACCUCAGGUGUGGAGAUGGAGGGAGAUCGCAUUUCAGCCGUGCGUAAUUGGCCGACUCCAACCACGGUUAAGGAGGUGCAGCGCUUCCUUGGCUUUGUCAACUACUAUCGGAGGUUUAUCUGGGGCUUUAGCAAGGUCGAAGCUCCCAUUACCUCCCUGUUGAAGGGUGGGCCAUCCCGGCUCCGCUGGUCUGCUGAGGCUGACCUGGCCUUCAGCAAACUGCGGGGUCUGUUCACCUCAGCCCCAGUACUGGCCCACCCCGAUUCAUCACUACCGUUUGUAGUGGAGGUGGAUGCUUCCGAGGUUGGGAUAGGAGCUGUCCUGUCUCAACGCUCGGGUACGCCACCCAAGCUCCGCCCCUGUGCGUUCUUCUCGAAGAAGUCAGCCCGGUGGAGCAGAACUACGGCGUUGGUUAUCGGGAGCUGUUGGCUGUUGUCCGAGCCUUGACCGUGUGGAGGCAUUGGCUCGAGGGGGCGUUUCGUCUGGACGGACCACCGUAACCUGGAGUACAUCCGGGCAGCGAGGAGGCUGAAUCCUCGCCAGGCAAGGUGGGCCCUUUUCUUCACCCAGUUUGAUUUCACUCUAUCAUACAUCCCGGGUACGAAGAACGUGAAGGCAGACGCACUAUCCCGGCUGUAUGACACAGAGGAGAGGCCCAGCGACAAAACCCCCAUACUGCCGGCCUCUUGCAUUGUGGCGCCGGUAGUAUGGGCGAUGGACGCGGAUAUAGAGCAGGCAUUACGCACAAAUCCCUCUCCACCUCAGUGUUCAGAUGGGCUACAGUACGUGCCUGCUCUUAUCCGUGAUCAUCUGAUCUACUGGGCACACACGUCACCCUCCUCUGGUCACCCAGGUAUCGGCCGUACAGCGUGCUGCCUGACCGGAAAAUACUGGUGGCCUACCUUGGCUAAGGACGUGAGGGUGUAUGUCUCCUCCUGCUCAGUGUGCGCCCAGAGUAAGGCACCUAGGCACCUCCCAGCUGGUAAGUUACAACCUUUACCAGUUCCACAACGACCAUGGUCUCACCUAAGUGUUGAUUUUCUAACUGAUCUUCCCCUCUCCCAAGGUAACACCACCAUCCUGGUCGUUGUGGACCGCUUUUCUAAAGCCUGCCGCCUCCUUCCUCUGCCCGGUCUCCCCACGGCUCUGCAAACUGCGGAGGCCCUGUUUACACACGUCUUCCGGCACUACGGGGUACCAGAGGAUAUAGUGUCUGACCGAGGUCCCCAGUUCACGUCCAAGGUCUGGAAGGCGUUCAUGGAACGUCUGAGUGUCUCGGUCAGCCUGACCUCUGGGUUCCACCCCGAGAGUAAUGGGCAGGUGGAACGGGUAAAUCAGGACGUGGGUAGGUUCCUGCGGUCCUACUGCCAGGACCGGCCGGGGGAGUGGUCGGUGUUCUUGCCAGGGGCAGAAUAUGCCCAGAACUCUCUCCGCCACUCCUCCACUAACCUAAUGCCUUUCCAGUGUGUUCUAGGUUACCAACCAGUUCUGGCACCGUGGCACCAGAGCCAGACCGAGUCUCCUGCGGUGGAUGACUGGUUUCGGCGUGCGGAGGAGACGUGUGAUGCUGCCCACGUUCACCUCCAACGCGCCGUGCGUCGUCAGAAGGCCAACGCUGACCGCCACCGCAGUAAGGCCCCCGUCUUUGUACCGGGGUAUCGGGUCUGGCUCUCAACCCGGAAUCUGCCCCUCCGCCUGCCCUGCCGGAAGCUGAGCCCGCGGUUUGUGGGGCCAUUCAAAGUCCUGAAGAGAAUCAACGAGGUCACUUAUAGGUUAUUACUUCCCACUGAUUACUGUAUUAACCCCUCGUUUCAUGCGUCUCUCCUCAGGCCGGUGGUAGCUGGUCCGCUCCAGGAGUCUGAGGUGCGGGAGGUCCCUCCACCUCCUCUGGACAUCGAGGUGGCCCCGGCGUACUCUGUCCGUUCCAUCCCGGAUUCGAGGUGUCGGGUCUUCAGUACCUCGUGGAGUGGGAGGGGUACGGUCCGGAGGAACGGUGCUGGGUCCCGGUGAGGGAUAUCCUCGAUCCCUCCAUGUUACGGGAUUUCCACUGUCGCCAUCCGGCUCGGCCUGCUUCGCGUCCUCCUGGCCGUCCCCGAGGCCGGGGUCGGCGCGCUGCUGGGGCCGCGCGUCAAGGGGGGGGGGGGGGGGGGGGGGGGGGUACUGUCACGACUUCCGCCGAGGCUGCCUCCCCUCCUUGUUCGAGGCAGGUUUUGGCGUUCGUCGUCACCGGCUUACUAGCUACUGCCGAUCCAUUUAUCAUCACUCCAUUUGUCUUGUCUUCAAUCACACACACCUGGACCUUAUCCCUCAUUAGUCAUUGUAUAAGUGUUCCCUCUGUUUCCUUGUCUGUGUGGGUGAUUGUUUAUUGUGGAGGUUGGUGAAGCUCGGUGGAGCUCGUGUAUUUUGUAUCGACGGGAGUAUUUUCCCAUGUGCCUUGUAUUUUCCAGUGCACUUGUUUUGUGCCCUGGAGUGUGUUUGACACAUUUCUGCGUAAACCUGUAUUUUGCCUGUUAUUCUGUGAUUUACCCUCCUGCGCCUGACUUCUUCAACACCACAACAUCACACACACAGUCUCCUCUGAACAGUUGAUGUUGAGAUGUGUCUGUUACUUGAACUCUGUUAAGCAUUUAUUUGAGCUGCAACUUCUGAGGCUGGUAACUCUAAUGAACUUAUCCUCUGCAGCAGAGGUAACUCUGGGUCUUCCAUUCCUGUGGCGGUCCUCAUGAGAGCUAGUUUCAUCAUAGCGCUUGAUGGUUUUUGCGACUGCACUUGAAGAAACUUUCAAAGUUCUUGAAAUGUUCUGUAUUGACUGACUGUCAUGUCUUAAAGUAAUGAUGGACUGUCGUUUCGCUUUGCUUAUUUGAGCUGUUCUUGCCAUAAUAUGGACUUGGUCAUUUACCAAAUAGGGCUGCCUUGUCACAACACAACUGAUUGGCUCAAACGCAGGAAAUAAUGAAAUUCCACAAAUUAACUUUUAAGAAGGCACACCUGUUAAUUGAAAUGCAUUCCAGGUGACUACCUCAUGAAGCUGGUUGAGAGAAUGCCAAGAGUGUGCAAAGCUGUCAUCAAGGUAAAGGGUGGCUAUUUGAAGAAUUUCAAAUAUAAAACAUAUUUUAAUUUAAUUUGGUUACUACAUGAUUCCAUGUGUGCUAUUUCAUAGUUUUGAUGUCUUCACUAUUAUUCUACAAUGUAGAAAAUAGUAAAAAUAAAGAAAAACCAUUGAAUGCGUAGGUGUUCUAAAACUUUUGACUGGUAGUGUACUUUUAGAGAGUUUCAUUUCAUUAUUGGUCUUGAUGAGAUGUUGGUUCUUUAUGCAUCAUUCAAGUGUAAUUUAGUUAUUUUUACUCUUGGUUUGCCUUUCCACUCUAUAGAAGGAAGCUUUCUUUGCUCGUAUGAGACGAGCGCACCAGGUAAACCAGAGUGGUGCUUGUCGUGUGGUGAUGAUUGUGGAUUGACCAGUCAUACAGUAUCAGACUUAUUGUGAAGAAUUGAUGACUAAAAUGUCUGCCUGUAAUUCAAACAAUGGAUUGGUGUGAUUUGGCAUUUGAUCGUACUGAUUGAUUUGAUUUGUAUUUUGAUAAAUGUUUCAUACAUAACCCCAUUCUCUUGAGUGUAGGUUUGUGUGUUUGAUAUGCAUGGAUUUCCUGCUUAGUUUUCCAAUGGUCUCUAAUUUGUCCUAGUUUUAACUCCGUUGUAGCAGCAAUCAACAUACAGUACUUGCUCUAUUUACACACAUUUUUGUUAUAUUAGUUAUAUUUCAGAUUCACAUGCCAUAGUAGGUUACACGCUACACAUAUUGGUUACUUAGAAGUCACUCUGUUUAAUGGACCAUUCCCAUAGUGGAUGACUCAGAUGUAGUGUACUGAAGUGAAUGAGUCAUACGGAGUUUUGCAGAGGUCCAACUUUGAUAGCCAUAAACAGUAAUUAAGUUCUAAAAGCCUUCCAUUAGUUCUAAAGUUUUAAAGUCUUCCACUGGCUCCUACAUGGGAAAUUAGUAAGUGAUCACGGGAGUCUUGCUUUAUUCACAACACUAGAGAGACUCCGCCUGGUCAGAGGAGCAACUGAGGAAGGAUGCGUGCAUUUGGGACAUAAUGAAGUCUUCGAAGGGUAAUGGCACCUCCAGGUCCAAAAGAGCUAGCCAGGUAUUCCUACUGUAGCCUAGCCACCCACUGCUACGUCCAUACAACACGUCUAAUGACAACAAUACAACCCAACCAUCUCCCUCACACAGUGUGACCCCCCUUCCCCUAAUAUGGAUUGCCUUUUGCGAUGUCAAUCGCCAUGACAUCCUUGAAAGAUAAUCCCACCACCCUUAGACAAUAUGUGAUUGGAUAUUUACUGUAGCAUGGUAGAUAUCAGCAUGAAAGCAACUGCAGCACGUUGACAGUACAUUUACCAGAUGCAUGUCGCAAAAAGGCACGUGUGUGGAUUACAAACAGAGCCUGAAUGGGCAUGUGAGGCGCUCUGGAAUUUGAAGAGAAGAGAUACAUGUUGUGUCUAAUGGCAGACGUGUGUGGAUGAUUUGUGUGUUUUGUGUCAAAGACAUCCCUGAUUUAGGAUUGUAGAAACUAGAAAGUUGAAUGGCCACAGUGAGUGAAGUUGUGUACAUACCACAGGGUUGUAGACCUGGUUAAGAGCAUGACACAGUUUCCCUACCAACACCCCCCAGACCCCAGUGCUUGGUGUGUCUCUUACCUUGCAUGGUGGGAGGUCUCCUUUGGGGAACGCCCAUGAGUCCCCCCACCCACCACCUUCCCCAUCCUCUCCCCCAGGAACAAGUGAAGAAGCUGGAUGAUGAGAUAUGGGCAAUCAUCUCCAACUUUCCAGCCGGCUCUCCUCCCUUCCCUCCCUCCUCUUCCUCUGAGAGGAAGGUCCCCAGCGCCUCGUCUCGGGCGGGGUCUCGUACCCCCAUGAGGCCCCCCUCUCCCCCUUCCUCCCCCUCUGGUCUCUCCUCCCUGGUACGGCCUACUAGUCCUCAGCCAGCCUCCCCAGGUCACUCUCCUCGACUGCAGGUACAUCUAAAAUAACCCCUCUGAGAAACCCUCAAACUUCAUACCUUUUUAGCUCAUCCAUAGUUGUUAUUGUGGUCGUUGCUGACUGGUUUGCUCUUUUUUUGGGCCUGGUCCUGUUGACAGACUCAACAGCGUGGUACCAAGAACAUAGUGGGUCCUCCUAGUGCUCCCAGUGGCCCCAGGCCUGCAGGGGCCUCCAGACAGGUAGACAUGAUGACAUGCUGGUGAACUGACUGACUGACUGACUGACGGACAGACUGACUGACUGACUGAUUGGGUGGCUGACUGACUGACUGGCUGAAUAAUGGACAGACAGAUAGACAACCAGACUGACUGACUGCAUGUCCCUGCCCUUGGCACACACAGACAGAGGAAACUGCCUCCCUCCAUGUGAUAACAUACACUGUACUGUAGCCAGGAAGGUUAAUCAACAACCGAUCAGGUUGAUUAUGAAGUCAUCCAUUCACGAACCAUGAGAGUUAAUAUUUUACAGGGUUAUCCUGUACAGUUUUCCUUAGUAUUGUCAAAGUGUUCGCCGCCUGGGUCUUUUUCAAAAGAACAAGAAUGAGAAGAUUGGGCUGAAAAAGGGCAGUAUGUGCAUAAAUUCCAUGACUAACCAGGGUGGUAUUUUCCUCUUUAAAGCACAGUACACACUAAUUGCUGUUGAAGUCGUACUCUGUAAUUCUUCACUUAAAGAGUAGCACUGAAUCUAUAAUCUAUAAUUAUGCUGUACAAGGGUCUAAACAUAUACACCCGUCACACAGUCACCUUUACAAGCUGUGAUUUUCACAUUAUACACACCGGAAGCUGUUGUUUUAGUUGCCAGUUAAUGCAUGGUGUGAGAGUCACUUUGUCACCAAGUAGUAGUUAACUAGUAGAGGACAAAAAUGUAAACCCUUUCUCUGCUCUACUCUCUACUGUGCUUGCGAUGCCCCUCUCUCACUCGCGCUAUCUCUCUCUCUCUAUCUAUCUCUCUCUCUCUCUCUUUCUCUCCUUGCUUAUCUUUUGAUCUCUGUCUCUGGCUUGCUCUCUCAUGCCUCUCCUUCCUCCUCUGCCCCAGUACGCUUUGUCCAACAAAGGUUUCAGCUUGCACCCGGAUGACACGCUCUACUGGCAGCUCCCAGAGCAGUUCAUAGGGGAUAAGGUAACAGUACGAGCCAGGCCCAGCCCUCCUGCACCCUGAUUGGGUGUUUACCCUUCGGUUAACCCUUUGGCCACAGAACCACUCCACCAUUCCUCCACCUGAACUAACAGAGCUGUGGAAGGGAAAUGAAGGGAUGGGCGGCACCACCAGGCAACCCUGUGGAGUUUAGAGCACUUGUUUAUUGAUUCAUAAUCAUUGUUUAACUAAGACAAUUCUCCAAGUGGUGGGAGGUCAAGCAUGACUCAGUUUUUAUUGAAAAAUAUUAAUGUCUUAAAGAAAUUUAAUACAUCAUGUGUUCUAUGAUCGUUUCACUUUUUUUGCUCUUCCAGAAAGACACAUUUCUAAUAGUCGAGGCCUAAGGUCCCCAACAUGUACUAAGAAGCCUAAAUGUAUUUACCUCCACCUCUACAAUAGGUGAACUCGUAUGGUGGGAAGCUGAAGUACACCAUCUCCUAUGUAGCCGGCCAGAGAGGAACAGCCAUUGAAGACGCUGAUGUUCAUAUUAUUGUAAGUAUGCACCAAAGUUAACAUUGCAUUCAAUCUCAUUUACUGUUAUUGCAUCCAUUCCAUAGCACACUCACCACCCCACAAGUUAUAAACUGCAUUCUCUUCCAUGUACUGCUGUUGCAUCAAUUCGUUGUACACUCACCUGUCAUGGGUUGCCCUUGUCAUUGUUGCCCACAGGGAAAUGACAUCACCCUGGUGGCUCGCCAGCCAUGGCAGAGGGGACAGGGGACAAGAGAGUCCCGCCAGUUUGAGCUUGUCUUCAGAGAGGUCAGUGUUCUACAGUAGCUGUGAACUCUAUAGUCCCCAAAUGGCAAUUUGAUUGCAACCUUUACCAUCCAUUCCUCAUUGAAACAGGUCACACUAGCAUCCUGGUAAUAGAAGAGUAUUAACUCCCCUCUCUCUCCACUGUAGGAGAACUGGCGUCGCCUAGACGGCAUGCCUGCCACGAGGGAGCACCUGAUGAUGGUGCUGGCUGACCUGGAUGACAUCCUGGUGCGGGCCUCCUACUACACAGAGAUGAGUUCCUCCAGCAUCUCCGAGGUCAGCAUGGAAGUGGCCGUGCCCAAUUACAGCGGCCUGGCACAGGCUCUAGAGGUGGAGCACUGCCGCUGCCCGCCCGCCUACCAGGGACUUUCCUGUCAGGUAAGAGGAGGUCUCUCUCUCUGCCAUAGGUGGGAAUAUUGACUAAUUAACCUCGAACUUACGUUUAUGUACGUUUAUGUAUAUCUGAACACUCAGGGAAACCCACCCUUAGAGUGUCAAGUCCAUGGUGUGAUGUGUGAUGACAGUUGUACCUCAUCUCUCUACCAGGACUGUGCCCCUGGCUACACUCGUACCGGAGGUGGCCUGUACCUGGGCCACUGUGAGCUGUGUGAGUGCAACGGGCACUCUGACUCCUGCCACCCUGAGACUGGCAUCUGCACGGUAUGCAGCCCAGAGAAUCUCUUUAAGGCAGUUGUUUUGAUUAAUUUUUUCAUUUAAUUGAUUUAACCUUAAUUUAUCCAGGUUAGUCUCGCUAAGAUAAAACCAGGAGUGCUAAUUUAGGAUCAGUUUAGCCUCUUAGAUCACAAUGAAUCUUAGAUCAGCACCCAUAUGGUCUUAGGUCCAAAAUAGCAGUAGAUUUGAAAUUAGUACAUUGAAUAACAAGUGAGUGUUUGUCGUCUUCCUGUGUCUCCAGAGCUGUCUGCACAACACCCAGGGAGAGCUGUGUGAGCAGUGUGCCCCAGGCUUCUUUGGUGAUCCCACCGCUGGAACCCCAGAGGACUGCCAGCCCUGUGCCUGCCCUCACACCGACCCUGACAACCAGUGAGUAGUAGGCCACUAACAGGAUUAGAACACAGAGCACAGUCUCAGUCUGAAGAAAAAAAAUGAUUGUUUGCUUUGCUUCUGUAACAAAUAUAAACAGUAUCAAAAUGCUCCUCAUUGGAACAAGAUUUAGUUCUCAGUCAUUCAUAUCUGUCUCUGAAACUUUGCCCUAUAUCACAACUUGGAACAGAUCCCACUGGGUUAGAGUUAUUACUGGAGUAUACUGUACUUGCUUAUCUGUGUGUAUGUUUGCCAGGUUCUCCCCCACCUGUGAGAGCCUUGGUAACGGUGGGUAUCAGUGUACUGCUUGCCAGCCUGGAUACACUGGCCAGUACUGUGAGCGGUAAGCUGACACAACUCUCUCUUUACCUCUCUAAUCUAGCCUGGUCCCAGAUCUGUUUGUUCUGUCUUGUCGGUCAUUGUCAUGCCAAUGGCUAUACAACACAAACUGAGCUAGUACCAAGUCUGUUGUCAUGUUGACUCUAAAUUAAUUUCUUUCUCUCUAACCCCUACAGCUGUGCAACUGGAUACGUUGGAAAUCCACAGGACAGGAUUAAGUGUCGUCCAUUCAAUAGUAAGUGAAUAAAAGGAAUCUAUACAGAGAUGUGUGUAGAAUAGACCCAAAACGUCCAGUAAACUGGAUCAAGUCAAAUCAAAUUGUAUUUGUCACAUGCGCCGAUACAUGUGGUAUUGAGUGAACCAACUGAAAAGGAACUCAAAAUCUGUCUACUUUUUCUUCCUACCAUACUGUACCACCAAGAGUGUCUCUGUGAUUGAUCAUUGUGGCCUAACCUUUGACCGUUAACCUCUGACCCAACAGCGGCAGCCUCCCUGGUGGUGAAGGUGUUCCCUGAGAGGGUUUUGGUGGCCCAGGGCAGCCCAGUGACCCUGCGGUGCCAGGUGACCGGCCCUCCACCCCACUACUACUACUGGUCCAGGGAGGAUGGACGUCCCAUGACCAACAGCGCCGACAGACGCAGACAAGGUAUAGUAUACUGGACAGACCAGUUCUGGGUAAUAGGGAGUAUGACAUGGCCUAGUAUAAGAGCCAUACAUACAACUACUAUUGUUGUAUAUAGCGGCACUGUAUACACUCCUCAGUAAAGACCUAAUACUGGUGAAUAUAUAUAUAUAUAUAUAUAUAUAUAUAUAUAUAUAUAUAUAUAUAUAAUAGUAUACAAGUAAUCCUUCUCCCCCACCCCCCCAUAAAAAAAACUAAAAAAGUGGUUGUCCCACUGGCUAUCAUAAGUUGAAUGCACCAAUUUGUAAGUCGCUCUGGAUAAGAGCGUCUGCUAAAUGACGUAAAUGUAAAUGUAAUAUAGAUACAAUCGUCCCGGCGCCUCUGUUAGAAGGUGUAGGAAUGACCAGUAGGAGACAGAUUGCCUCCCGAGUGGCGCAGUGGUCUAAGGCACUGCAGCAGUGCUAGCUGUGCCACUAGAGAUCCUGGUUCGAAUCCAGGCUCUGUCGUAGCCGGCCGCAACCGGGAGACCCAUGGGGCGGCGCACAAUUGGCCCAGCGUCGUCCAGGGUAGGGGAGGGAAUGGCCGGCAGGGAUGUAGCUCAGUUGGUAGAGCAUGGCGUUUGCAACACCAGGGUUGUGGGUUCGAUUCCCACGGGGGGUAUGAAAAAAAAUUAAAUAAUGUAUGCACUCACUAACUGUAAGUCGCUCUGGAUAAGAGCGUCUGCUAAAUGACUAAAAUGUAGAUGUACAGAACACACUUAAUUGCACACACACACCAAUGUAGCAAGAGGGAACUAGUAGAAGUGGUUGUAUGGUCAUAAACGCACUACACAGUAGAGAAUGUCCAGAGAGGGAAGUGUCCUUGGGGUGCGGUCCGUCCUCUGUGUGUUGCUGCAGCCAGGAGGUUAGUCAACUUGCUGCAGAGAGAUUGAGGUAUAGAUGGUAGUGGGGAUCUGUUACCCCAUCAGAUAGGGCCUGUGAUUGGUUGACCCUGUCAGGUGACUGAGUUCCCUGGCAACUUGGUCCCUAACACAAAGGUGUGAAGUGGGGGCAGAGUGACCUAAGAACAAAAUAAAGCCCAUCCCCCGAGUACCUCCACUCUUCUUCUUUCAAGUGACACUCCAGUCUCCUUUUCACCUCAUUUAACACCUGAUUUACUUAACAAAAGGCACAUCUCAAUAGGUGGUCCAGGUAAGUCGUGACAUAGCACAAGUGGGGCGGUGGGCCUUUCCUCUUUUGUUCUCUAUUGUUCCUCUAUUGUUCCUCAAGCAAGGGGGGAGGCGAUGACAUCACAGGUUCCCAGCAGACCAACUCCUUGAAUGCCCUACUCCUUGAAGUUUGCAGUUGUGUAACAAAAAUAACUAUUUUGCUCAAAACAUAUUUUUGUACACUUUAGUGUGUGUACUUUACUGUAUUUACAAUUGGGAUAUCGCUUUUCAACAGUAAAAGUUCAAAAAUCGCUGGAUGCCGUCUUUAAGUGGGGCAGCAGGUAACUUAGUGGUUAAGAGCGUAGUGCCAGUAACUGAAAGGUCGCUGGUUCUAAUCCCUGAGCCGACUAGGUGAAAAAUCUGUCGAUGUGCCCUUGAGCAAGGCACUUAACCCUAAUUGGGUAAUCUGGAUAAGAGCGUCUGCUAAAUGACUAAAAAUGUAAAUGUAAAAAUGUUAAGUUGCAUCGCUGAGAGAGGGUAAGAGAGGGCCCUGAGAAGUACUACUCAUGGGCAACUGUAAGGGUUUUCUACACUAUUCAAGUACUAGUCCAUUUCCCAUGGUAAUUUAAUCUCCUUCCAUAUUCCUACCUGUUCUCUCAGGAGAGGAGCUGCAUAUCCCCAGUGUUCAGCCCAGUGACACAGGCGUGUAUGUCUGUACCUGCAGAGACCAACGCAACACCAACAGGAGCCGCGCUGAGAUUGUCGUCAGAGGUACGCAUUUCUACUUGUUAAAUCCUUUAAAUGUUUACUGCAUCCAUUAAAAUAUUGCAUUUCAAAUACUUUUGUGAUUAUUUUUUCACUGAUCUUACAGCCAGUUGUUGAAUAGUUAAACUGACUAAAACGUUUUAUUUUUGGGGGGUCCAACAAAAUAUGGUCAAAGCCGAGACAGUAAAAAAAAUUGCAUUUUGUAACUUGGGGCUUUUGAGUGUUUACUGAAUGGUUUCUGUGCAUGUCUUUCUCCAGCUGUGUCAUCCAAACCCAUUGAAGUGACCAUCGAGGAACCCAAAGCACAAAGCGUCACAGUUGGAGCAACAGUCAGCUUCAUCUGCACAGCCAAGAGCCAGGUAAGACUAGCUACCAACAUGGAGACAUUAAUACAAUCAAUUCUGCUUAUUUUAAUAUAUCUUUGAUGAUUGGCAUUGUGCUUAAAUCAUUUGCCCAUUAGAGAAAAUGGUAGAAACCCUUAAACAUUAUGCGAAGGCCACCACAAUUGUGACCCACCACCUGGAUUCGGUCCUAUGUAGCAACAUUUGAAAUUGUGUUUUUUACAUUGGAUAAAGGUAGAGACUCAGAGCUAGAAAAUUGUAUAACAUACACUGCAGUUGAGGAACAAUGGGAAAGUAAUUUUGCUUUGACAGUUGAUGAACUUGUAACUCCACUUUUGAGAAAAUGGCCCUUGAAUGUUUUGGUACACCUACUGGAGAGCUCUUUUUUUUCUACACCCAUUCAGCAUCAUUCUCUUAAGCCUUAGCCCCACCCAUCUCUUUAAGGAUUCACAUUUCAAGACUAAAAGUGGUAAAAGUAGUAGCCUACAAUAAGGAAAACCUGCAGAUAAAAAUACUUUAUCUAGUCCUUGGCCUAUAUCCUAAUCUGACUUUGGUGCAGGUCAUGUUGUUCUUCACAUUACCAUCUCUGGUAAACGCACACUAUAUCAAGUUUAUUUGUCACAUGCACAGGAUACAGAAAGUGUAAACAGUACAGUGAAAUACUUGCAUAGUAACAAUAUCAAAAACAGAAAGUGUCCAGAUAAAAAUAAUUUAUAAAUAUUUUAUAAUUAUUAGAUGACGCUUACCUGACACACUUGUCUAAAUUGACGGGUCAUGUGAAAUAAAUGCUAUAACCACCCCCCAGCCACAUCUAGCUAAGUGGAUGGUCACUUUUGUCUAGACAUGUACACAUGUUCAUGAAAUACAAUAGAUGGCCGUAAUCACCCACAGACACACCUGGCUAAUUUGAUGGGUCAUGUAAUAAUCAGGCCGAAGUAUAAUAGUAUAAAAGUAUAAUAUCUGAAAAUGUAGCUAGACUCUUACCCGUAUACAUGGAUGAACGCUUCACGGCAGACUGGAACCAUUUAACUCAGUUUUGUUUGUAGCUACAUCAUGUUUGGCCAAUGUGUCAAGUCACUCCGGUUCACACUGACUGUGGCGUGUGCAGAAAGUAGCCCAUCACAACUUUUUCCAACUGAUCUGUCGAUAGCACCUGCUAAAUUCAGGGCAUCAAUGUUCUUGAGAAAAGUAGAACAACUUUUGUAGAUCUCGGUGGCUAACGUUAUAUCUUUCAAAAACGCAGCGGUAGAAAGGACUAUCAACACACACUGAGCAGCUCACGUUAUAGACAGAAGCAUUCUACAUGGCAGACCAAUCCUAACUCAUCUCCCGGCAUGUCCAAUCCAUCCAUUAUCUCAGCCAAUCAUGGCUAGCGGGAAGGUUCCUGUCUUUUUCUGUGGCUAAAACAACUAGGCUCGCAAUUUAACAGUUGUAUUCAUAUUUACAGAUGGAAUCCAAGUUUGUUGUUUACAUUUACAUUUUAGUCAUUUAGCAGACGCUCUUAUCCAGAGCGACUUACAGUUAGUGAGUGCAUAUAUUAUUUAUUUUUUCCAUACUGGCCCCCAGAGGGAAUCGAACCCACAACCCUGGCGUUGGAAGCGCCAUGCUCUACCAACUGAGCUACACGGGGCCCAUAUUAUUAAGGCACAUGAACGUUCACAUGUUCUAGAAGGCAUUUCUGCCCAAAAACACAUUUUGCAACAAACAAAAAAAGUAUUUCAAAUACUUUGUGAUGUGCGACAUAUGCCUAGCUUCCUGAAACGGGUCACAAUUGACAACACCUUUGUUUACCUUAUUAUUGCACAAUAAGCACAAUUGUCCACCUCUUAUUGGCCACCUUGUUGUAUUGCUUUCUUUCUUACUUGUGUUUACUUCACAUCUUGUACCCAUCUGUUCCCUCCCCUCCCAGUCUCCAGCCUACACCUUGGUGUGGACCCAGCGGGGUAAUGGCAAGCUGCCUAACAGAGCCAUGGACUUCAACGGCAUCCUGACCAUCCAGAACGUCCAGCCUGAGGACGCUGGCAUCUACGUGUGUACAGGCUCCAACAUGUUUGCCAUGGACGAGGGCACUGCCGUCCUCUACGUGCCAGGUUCGUGAUCCUAGACAGGCGCAUCAUGCUGUUAGCCAUCAGCCUCUUUAUACCACCCUACAAGCUCUAUUUCUCUGAGUUCCUCCCCUUAGCCCUCCUUGAAUGGUGCAUGCCCCGCCUUCCUUUGGCUUUGCUUCUGUCCCCCUAUAUCAUGCACUGUGUUGAAUGUGUUUAUCUGUCUGCACCCCAGCUUCUGGCAAACAGCAUAACCCCUGUCACUCCUAAUUCCAGCCCCGCACUUCCUAAACUCGGAUAACCUCUCUCACUUUAAACCCUUCCAAUCUCUCUCUAUGCUACCUGUGUCUGAUGUUAGUGCCUCUGUCUUUCUAAUAAUGGCCUGACCUUCUUACUGUGUGGACAAUCUUUACUGGUCCAGGAGCAAUAUACAGCUUGUGGAUAUUCUAAUGAUAAAAUAAUCAAAAGGUCCAUCAUUUUAAGAUACAUUAUGUGUGUGGUUUGUCCAAGACAUCAUAGCACACAAUAGACCUCAAUGCUACCAAAGCCCAAAGAUAGUGCCCACUCAAGAGUUUCAAGUAGUUUUAGUUACUAUGAACUGUAGUCUUAUCACCCCCAAUGGAUCUACCACAGAAGGCUGUCUUGUCCAGUGGCAUGUAUUUUAUUCAUUUUCAAGUUGCUUCUUGGUUUAAUACUCAGUGAUGACUUAUCAAUCCUUUGAAUUUGAUCUCUGUUGCCAUCGGUGACAUCUUCUCUCUGAUCUUUAGCUGUUACUGUCUUCACUGUGGGUUCACGUGGUUUGGUGGUGGUGGUGGUUUGGUAACUUUUUAGCCACUUGUACACUAGUUUGUGCCACUUCAAUUUCCUUACUAGCAGUGUGCUAGUUAUUCGGUGUCUUUCCUGAAGUCUGCAACCCUGACUGGAAAGGUGGUGGUUUCUCCUUGAGCUGUAGUGGUUGAUGAGGUAUAUGGAUGACAAGAUGGGUGCCUAGUGACUGGGACUGACAUUCGAAGAGGACUUCAGUCAAUCACUCCAGUACUAUAUUGAAGCCCCAUCACGAUCCCAAUCUCAAUCCUCCCUCGAGUGUGAUGUGUUGAUCAUAGAGGAAAAAAACAAUUACACACUGUAUAAAAACCAGAUCCUUUGUUACUUUCCUGAUUGUUUUGAUGAAGUUAAUGUUGAAAAUGGUGCUAUCAAACUUGCAGCAGGUAAAGAACCUGUGGUUGAACUUUAAACUUUAGGUUAGUAGUAUAUCUAUCUAUCGCUGCUUUCAUUAUCUGUUAUAUGGAUCUGAGUAUUAAGAGGGUCAAGGCAUUGCAUUGUCAAUAGUAAGUAAGGCUUCUUGUUUUGCAUCAUACUAUCCAGUAUGUGUAAAUUUGACUCCAAGAAAAUGUUGAAGAUUUGACUUUUGAAAGAUUAUUGAGACUAUUUUGAUUUCGAUGCUGUCACAAAACAACUUACUUGUGUAUGUCACACUUGUUGCAUUUAAUUUGUGUUGCGGUUUUAUUCAACAUUUAUAAAUCAAGGGCACAUACACUACCGGUCAGUUUUAGACCACCUACUCAUUCAAGGGUUUUUCUUUAUUUUGACUAUUUUCUACAUUGUAAAAGAAUAGUGAAGACAUCAAAACUAUGAAAUAACACAUAUGGAAUCAAGUAGUAACCAAAAAAGUGUUAAACAAAUCAAAAUAUAUUUAAGAUUCUUAAAAUAGCCACCCUUUGCCUUGAUGACAGCUUUGCACACUCUUGGCAUUCUCUCAACCAGCUUCACCUGGAAUGAUUUUCCAACAAUCUUGAAGGAGUUCCCACAUAUGCUGGGCACUUGUUGGCUACUUUUCCUUCACUCUGUGGUCUGACUCAUCCCAAACCAUCUCAAUUUGGUUGAGGUCGGGAAUGUGGAGGCCAGGUCAUCUGAUGCAGCACUCCAUCACUCUUCUUCUUGGUAAAAUAGCCCUUACACAGCCUGGAGGUGUGUUGGGUCAUUGUCCUGUUGAAAAACAAAUUAUAGUCCCACUAAGCCCAAACCAGAUGGGAUGGCGUAUCGCUGCAGAAUGCUGUGGUAGCCAUGCUGGUUAAGUGUGCCUUGAAUUUGAAAUAAAUCACAGACUGUGUCACCAGCAAAACACCCCCACACCAUAACACCUCCUCCUCCAUGCUUUAUGGUGGGAAAUACACAUGCAGAGUUCUUCCGUUCACCCACACUGCGUCUCACAAAGACACUGUGGUUGGAACCAAAAAUCUCAAAUUUAGACCCCAGACCAAAGGACACAUUUCCACCGGUCUGAUGUCCAUUGCUUGUGUUUCUUGGCCCAAGCAGGUCUCUUCUUCUUAUUGGUGUCCUUUAGUAGUGGUUUAUUUGCAGCAAUUCGACCAUGAAGGCCUGAUUCACACAGUCCCCUCUGAACAGUUGAUGUUGAGAUGUGUCUGUGACUUGAACUCUGUGAAGCAUUUAUUUUGGCUGCAAUUUCUGAGGCUGGUAACUCUAAUGAACUUAUCCUCUGCAGCAGAGGUAACUCUGGGUCUUCCAUUCCUGUGGCGGUCCUCAUGAGAGCCAGUUUAUUCAUAGCGCUUGAUGGUUUUUGCGACUGCACUUGAAGAAACCUUCAAAGUUCUUGAAAUGUUCUGUAUUGACUGACCUUCAUGUCUUAAUGUAAUGAUGGACUGUCAUUUCUCUUUGCUUAUUUGAGCUGUUCUUGCCAUAAUAGGGACUUGGUCUUUUACCAAAUAGGGCUAUCUUCUGUAUACCCCCCCCCCCCUACCUUGUCACAACACAACUGAUUGGCUCAAACGCAUUAAGAAGGAAAGACAUUCCACAAAUUAACUUUUAACAAGGCACACCUGUUAAUUGAAAUGCAUUCCAGGUGACUACCUCAUGAAGCUGGUUGAGAGAAUGCCAAGAGUUUGCAAAGCUGUCAUCAAGGCAAAUGGUGGCUAUUUGAAGAAUCUCAAAUAUAAAAUAUAUUUUGAUUUGUUUAACACUUUUUUGGUUACUACAUGAUUCCAUGUGUUAUUUCAUAGUUUUGAUGUCUUCACUAUUAUUCUACAAUGUAUAAAAUAGUCCAAAUAAAGAAAAACCCUUGAAUGAGUAGGUGUACUAAAACUUUUGACCAGUACUGUAUUUCUUUUAUAAUAUAUAUUUUUAUACCAAUAUGUUAACCAUGCAUAGUAUAUAUUGACUGUACAAUCAAAUUUGAUAAAUUUCACCUAAACAGCUAGAUACAUACAGUGAGGGAAAAAAGUAUUUGAUCCCCUGCUGAUUUUGUACGUUUACCCACUGACAAAGACAUGAUCAGUCUAUAAUUUUAAUGGUAGGUUUAUUUGAACAUUGAGAGACAGAAUAACAAUAAAAUAAUCCAGAAAAACGCAUGUCAAAAAUGUUAUACAUUGAUUUGCAUUUUAAUGAGGGAAAUAAGUAUUUGACCCCUAAUUUUUGUUUUUGUUAUUCUGUCUCUCACUGUUCAAAUAAACCUACUAUUAAAAUUAUAGACUGAUCAUUUCUUUGUCAGUGGGCAAACGUACAAAAUCAGCAGGGGAUCAAAUACUUUUUUCCCUCACUGUAGAUAGGGAAAGAUGAUUGGAUAGUACUUGAUUUUAGGCUGUAUUCGUGCGUUUACUUGCAUGAUAAAAAACACAGUUUACAUGUAUUUUGACAACAGAUACAAAGUUUGUCAAAAUGUUUUGUCAGUGCAUUGAUUUAUGUAUGUUUCAACUGUGUCUCAUCAAACAUUUUAAAAUAAAUAUAGAUUCGGUAGCUGAAAUGUGCCAAUUCAAAUCUCACUUGUGUGCCAAUAGAGACAGAAUCUGUCUAGAUAACCUAAGGUGCUAAUUCAAAGACAUUUUACUGUACAGUAUGCUAUGUACUGAUUUUGAUUGAUUUUGUAAUACCUAACUGAUACUAAUGUACUAUACAAAUAUCAUAAUGUAUUUUGUUUGUCUUAACUGUGAAAAUGUUUGUGAAAAAUAUCAAGUUGAUUAAAGUAAUGAUAACAGACCAAAGAUAUGACACCGAGUCAUGUGGAGUGAGACUUCAAUGGAACAGAAGAUAUUACCACCCUCAGGGUACAAGGCACCAGAUAUGACUUCUUGUAUGACUACUAACAUGCAUGUUUUGUAUGUGGCUCUCUAUUAUCUUUAUGCUUGUUGUCUUGUGUUCUGCCAUACCUUGUUGUGUUCUUGUCCCAUGUGGUCUAUGCAUGUUUGUGAAGUAUACCUGUAACUAGUUGAUUUUGAAUCCACAGGUUCUCUCUCUGAGUAGACACAUUCACUGUUACACCAGCAAAUGACCAUAGUUCAUAGCAGUAAUUCGUUUCAUAUAGCAUAGAGGAAGACACGUUUCGGUCGAAUGCAUUCAGUUGUCCAACUGACUAGGUAUCCCACUUCCCCUUUCUCCUUUCCUGUAUGUAAUAUGAACACAAUAACACAAUCUCCAAGGUGAAAUGGUUUAUAUCCUAACUAACAUCCACAGAACCUCAGAAAUGUCUCAGAAAUCAAACAAUUACUCACCUAAAUUCAUCCAAAGGUAAGUGUGUGAUGAUUGUAAAUACAUAAAACUAUGAAUGCAAUAGCACCAUCUCUGACCAUCAUGAAAAGGAUACCUCUGACUCCUUGGUCUGCGUGGGUAGUACUGGCUGAAGAAGAUGAUUUAUUUGCAUGUGUCUAAAUGGACAAUCCUCGAAAAGUUGUUUUUUUCUUUGAAGGGGUUAGUGUCCCCAAUACCCAGUUAUUGUUCCUCAUUCAGUUCUCAACCUGAAUUGGAGAAACUCUUUGAAUACUUAAAAUGCAUGAUGGGGAUUUGGUGCCUAUUGCAUUCAAGUUUUGUUAUGUUCCUUGCCGAUCAUUCGGCUGUUGUAUUGUUGUGUUUUGUGCAUUUUGGAAAAUCACUGGAACAAGAAAUACCAGGCAGUACUUGGAUGGACCACAGUAUUCUGGGUACUGAUUGGGCCACAGGCUCAGUGGGAGGAGCAUUGGAUGAUGAUUCCAAUGCCAGUGUUCCACCGUUGACCUGGAGACUCACCUGUCAGUUUGCCUGUCCCUUCCUCCUCCCUCCCCCAUUUCCAGAGGCCUCACAGACUCCGAUGUUUUACACAGCCUAUGAAAUGUUUGAAGGACAAGGAAAGCGUAAGUGGGCAUGGCAUGGCAUGGCCACACCUCUCCACCUCCACCACAUCUCUCGGUCACGCAUGCAUUCAUCUACUUCCGUCCUCAGCAUGGAAAUGGUGGUCUGGUAAUGCCCAUGUACAAUCAACCACAGGGAUUACAUACAGUUUACACUUCACAUAAGGUUAUAGGGUUAUACGGUUACAUGGUUAUACGGUUAACUGGACUAUCAUAGGCAAGAAUGCAUCUUCAAAGGUCUUAAUUGAAGUCGUAGUUGGCUCUGCAUUUCGUCUCCUCAAACGUUAAGUCUUUGAACAGACAAUAUUCUUGAUAACAUAUGAUAAUAUGUUUACAUAUAUUAUCUUUAUGAUAAUAUAUGUUGAUAAUACUCUUGACAUCAUAUACUUUAGUUAUGACAGUACAUAAUAGAUUGUACAUGAGCACUACUAGGCCUUGUCUGGCUUGUAAGGUAUGGGUUCAUUGGUGCAGGUGCAUGCUCAUUCAUGUGGGAAGCUCCUCUCGAAUGUCCAGUUAUCAACUUUACUUUUCACCCAAAAAGUUCCUCAUGCACUUAAUCUCAGGUCCCCUCAAGUUUUCCAUCUGCACAAAAAUUCACGCUCACAUUUUUAAUGCAACACUAGUAUACAAUAAUAAUAAGCCAUUUAGCAGACGCUUUUAUCCAAAGCGACUUACAGUCGUGCGUGCAUGCAUUUUUGUGUAUGGGUGGUCCCGGGAUUAAACCCACUACCUUGGCGUUACAAGCGCCGUGCUCUACCAGCUGAGCUACAGAGUACCACAACAACAAGUAUUGCACAUUUUAGUACAGUCAUCUGACUGAGAUCAGAUCUGUAUCUUUAUCUUAUACAGUGAGGGAAAAAAGUAUUUGAUCCCUUGCUGAUUUUGUACGUUUGCCCACUGACAAAGAAAUGAUCAGUCUAUAAUUUUAAUGAUAGGUUUAUUUGAACAGUGAGAGACAGAAUAACAACAAAAACAUCCAGAAAAACGCAUGUCAAAAAUGUUAUAAAUUGAUUUGCAUUUUAAUGAGGGAAAUAAGUAUUUGACCCACUCUCAAUCAGAAAGAUUUCUGGCUCCCAGGUGUAUUUUAUACAGGUAACGAGCUGAGAUUAGGAGCACACUCUUAAAGGGAGUGCUCCUAAUCUCAGUUUGUUACCUGUAUAAAAGACACCUGUCCACAGAAGCAAUCAAUCAAUCAGAUUCCAAACUCUCCACCAUGGCCAAGACCAAAGAGCUCUCCAAGGAUGUCAGGGACUAGAUUGUAGACCUACACAAGGCUGGAAUGGGCUACAAGACCAUCGCCAAGCAGCUUGGUGAGAAGGUGACAACAGUUGGUGCGAUUAUUCGCAAAUGGAAGAAACACAAAAGAACUGUGAAUCUCCCUCGGCCUGGGGCUCCAUGCAAGAUCUCACCUCGUGGAGUUGCAAUGAUCAUGAGAACGGUGAGGAAUCAGCCCAGAACUACACGGGAGGAUCUUGUCAAUGAUCUCAAGGCAGCUGGGACCAUAGUCACCAAGAAAACAAUUGGUAACACACUACGCCGUGAAGGACUGAAAUCCUGCAGUGCCCGCAAGGUCCCCCUGCUCAAGAAAGCACAUAUACAGGCCCGUCUGAAGUUUGCCAAUGAACAUCUGAAUGAUUCAGAGGAGAACUGGGUGAAAGUGUUGUGGUCAGAUGAGACCAAAAUGGAGGUCUUUGGCAUCAACUCAACUCGCCGUGUUUAAAGGAGGAGGAAUGCUGCCUAUGACCCCAAGAACACCAUCCCCACCGUCAAACACGGAGGUGGAAACAUUAUGCUUUGGGGGUGUUUUUCUGCUAAGGGGACAGGACAACUUCACUGCAUCAAAGGGACAAUGGACGGGGCCAUGUACUGUCAAAUCCUGGGUGAGAACCUCCUUCCCUCAGUCAGGGCAUUGAAAAUGGGUCGUGGAUGGGUAUUCCAGCAUGGCAAUGACCCAAAACACACAGCCAAGGCAACAAAGGAGUGGCUCAAGAAGAAGCACAUUAAGGUCCUGGAGUGGCCUAGCCAGUCUCCAGACCUUAAUCCCAUAGAAAAUCUGUGGAGGGAGCUGAAGGUUCGAGUUGCCAAACGUCAGCCUCGAAACCUUAAUGACUUGGAGAAGAUCUGCAAAGAAGAGUGGGACAAAAUCCCUCCUGAGAUGUGUGCAAACCUGGUAGCCAACUACAAGAAAUGUCUGACCUCUGUGAUUGCCAACAAGGGUUUUGCCACCAAGUACUAAGUCAUGUUUUGCAGAGGUGUCAAAUACUUAUUUCCCUCAUUAAAAUGCAAAUCAAUUUAUAACAUUUUUUUGUUGUUAUUCUGUCUCUCACUGUUCAAAUAAACCUACCAUUAAAAUUAUAGACUGAUAAUUUCUUUGUCAGUGGGCAAACGUACAGAAUCAUCAGGGGAUCAAAUACUUUUUUCCCUCACUGUAACCUCAAGUAUCUGAAGUAUUUAGAGAGAAAGUUACAUACUCAAUAAGACAUUCUAGAAUGUUUUUAUUUCCCCAUUCUAUGUAGAUGCACUUAACUUGUUGUCUUCCAAUCAACACUCAAUACAGAGGAUACCCCACCCACACUUUCCCCAUCUGCAGUCUGCUUGCCAGUCCCACACUGGUCUGAAAUAGCUUUCAUAUUGUGCUUCAAACAUCAUGCUGUGCCUAAUACACCACAUCGUAUCCACCAUCAUGGCUGUUAGCUCACUGGAAGGUGGAGAAUUCCUCUCAUCAUGUUCACUGUUCACCUCAUCUCCCUCUGGAAGCUAACUACAGACAUCAUCCUUUAACUGUUACAGUGAAUGUUUUAAUUAGAUAGAAUACACAUGACCUGUUUUCACCUCACCACCCAUUUACAGAAGUUAUAUUAUUAGUAAACAGCAGGUUUGGAAAAGGUUUUAGAAAUCUGUAGAAUAGACUAGAGAACUUUGCAAAGUUCACUCAGGUCACUCAACUGUAUAAGUCUUCAUCAAAGUCAAGCCCUAAGAUCCAAUCAUCAUCAAUCAUCCCUCUGUAACAUUAUUAUAUAUCGUUGUAUACUUUGUUCCCCAGUGUUUCCAUGAGCCAAUGUCUCAUUGUUGAGGCUCACCACAGUCAGUGCCCAUCCUCUUAGAAAACAAAGAUGAUGAAAUAUUGGCCUUUCUUUUAGUGUCUGUUUCUGUCAGAUCAGUAAGUCCCAGACCAGGGCUUAUCUCAGAGCUUAAAUAGCCUGAUUGUCCUCCCUGGCUGCUGAAACGGGGCUUUCUUUUGCUCUGACGCCCUGGGAUCAAAUGGGAUUGAAUGUGGCUGGGGCUCAGUGUCCAGCCAAGCUGGCACAGAGAGCUGUGUGCCCUGCCAAGGCCAGCCUUCCACCUCUCAUCUGCAUCGGCUGCACAGAGGGCACUGGCUGCCAAGGGGCACGGAAAUAGGCCAUGUACCCGGCUUCGUCCCGCCACCCUCUCUCUGUCUUCCAUCAUAAGCAUUUGCACACAGACACAGUCUUGGCCUGAGUGAGUCAGGACCCAGCCUCACUGAACUUCACUGCAGCCAAAAAGUACUCUGAACUAAAGUCACUUGAUGCUGUCAAGUUCUGGUCUGGUAGCCAUGAAUAUAUUCUUUAUUGCUACCUUUUAUUAUACAAAAGGAUGAGGUAAGUGUUUGUUGAUCAAGCGAGAGGACACGAAUCCCUGACAUAGUUUCUCAUCUCAUGCAGUAGCUGUAAAGUGUUGACUGUAAACAAAGCCCCUUCCUGUAGAAAAGCCCCUUCCUGUAGAAAAGCCCCUUCCUGUAGAAAAGCUCCUUCCUACAGAAAAGGCCCUUCCUGCAGAAAAUCCAUUUCCUGCCCUUUGUGAACACUAAUGCCCUGUAUUUUGGGGGCUGGGCUGUCUAUUACUGAGUCAUGCUGAACUGUUCUCUGCCUUAUUGUAGCUGGCGAGGGGUCCAAGCCAGUGGCUACCGUCAAUCCCCCUGUCCUGACCAUCCAGCAAGGAGGCCAUGCUGAGUUCCACUGUACUGUGACCGGCAACCCUACCCCUGCCAUCGAAUGGAUAGGUAAGGAAGGCCUGGCUAUAGCCAGUGGAACACGUAUAGCACAAACUGUAUUGUCUUGUUCUUUAUCAAUACAGUUUAUGCUGGCUUAGUCUUGGAAGUUUUUGGAAGUAUACACUGAGUGUAUGAAACAUUAAGAACACCUGCUCUUUCCAUGACAUAGACUGGCCAGGUGAAAUCUAUGAUCGCUUAUUAAUGCCACAUGUUAAAUCCACUUCAGUCAGUGUAGAUGAAGGAGAGGAGACAGGUUAAAGAAAGAUUUUUAAACCUUGAGCUAGUCAAUGAGACAUGGAUUGUGGAUGUGUGCCAUUCAGAGGGUGAAUGGGCAAGACAAAAUAUUUAAGUGCCUUUGUACGAGGUAUGGUAGUAGGUGCCAGGCGCACUGGUUUGUGUCAAGAACUCCAAUGCUGCUGGGCUUUUCACGCUCAACAGUUUCCCAUGUGUAUCAAGAAUGGUCCACCACCCAAAGGACAUCCAGCCAACUUGACACAACCGUGGGAAGCAUUGGAGUCAACAUGGGCCAGCAUCCCUGUAGAACACUGUUCUGAGGGCAAAAGGAGGGAGGGGGGGCACCUCAAUAUUAGGAAGGUGUUCUUAAUGUUUAUUCACACUGUAUAAUGUCAUUACUGACAAAAGGGGAACAUAUACUCAAAUCUUAUGUGUUUCUAGGUAAAGGUCCUGGUAACAGGAUGAGCCCCAACGCUGUGGUCCGUGGAGGGGUCCUGACCAUCCCUGCUGUAGAGAGGGAGGAUGGGGGGGAGUACAUCUGUAAGGCCCUCAACACCCACGGAGAACACACAGCACGGGCUGUCCUCUACGUCAGUGGUUCCCAAACUGUGGGUCGGGACCCUCUUGUGGGUCACAGCAGGGUUCCAGGUGGGUCGCGUUAUGACAUUUGUUGUGCAUUGCAAAUAAAUAGAAAAGUACAAGUCAAAAGUUUGGACACACCUACUCAUUCAAGGGUUUUUCUUUAUUUUUAAUGUUUUCUACAUUGUAGAAUAAUAGUGAAGACAUCAUAACUAUGAAAUAACACAUAUGGAAUCAUGUAGUAACCAAAAAAGUGUUAAACAAAUCAAAAUAUAUUUUAUAUUUGAGAUUCUUCAAAUAGCUACCCUUUGCCUUGAUGACAGCUUUGCUCACUCUUGGCAUUCUCUCAACCAGCUUCACCUGGAAUGCUUUUCCAACAAUCUUGAAGGAGUUCCCACAUAUGCUGAGCACUUGUUGGCUGCUUUUCCUUCACUCUGCCCGUCCGACUCAUCCCAAACCAUCUCAUUUGGGUUGAGGUCGGGGGAUUGUGGAGGCCAGGUCAUCUGAUGCAGCACUCCAUCACUCUCCUUCUUGGUAAAAUAGCAGUACACAGCCUGGAGGUGUGCUGGGUCAUUGUCCUGUUGAAAAACAAAUGAUAGUCCCACUAAGCCCAAACCAGAUGGGAUGGCGUAUCGCUGCAGAAUGCUGUGGUAGCCAUGCUGGUUAAGUGUGCCUUGAAUGCUAAAUAAAUCACAGACAGUGUCAUCAGCAAAGUAUCCCCACACCAUAACACCUCAUCCUCUGUGCUUUAUGGUGGGAAAUACACAUGCAGAGAUAAUCUGUUCACCCACACCGCGUCUCACAAAGACUCCAGACCAAAUUACACAUUUCCACCAGUCUAAUGUCCAUUGCUCAUGUUUCUUGGCCCAAGCAGGUCUGUUCUUCUUAUUGGUGUCCUUUAGUAGUGGUUUAUUUGCAGCAAUUUGACCAUGAAGGCCUGAUUCACACAGUCCCCUCUGAACAGUUGAUGUUGAGAUGUGUCUGUGACUUGAACUCUGUGAAGCAUUUAUUUUGGCUGCAAUUUCUGAGGCUGGUAACUCUAAUGAACUUAUCCUCUGCAGCAGAGGUAACUCUGGGUCUUCCAUUCCUGUGGCGGUCCUCAUGAGAGCCAGUUUCAUCAUAGCGCUUGAUGGUUUUUGCGACUGCACUUGAAGAAACUUUCAAAGUUCUUGAAAUGUUCUGUAUUGACUGACCUUCAUGUCUUAAUGUAAUGAUGGACUGUCGUUUCUCUUUGCUUAUUUGAGCUGUUCUUGCCAUAAUAGGGACUUGGUCUUUUACCAAAUAGGGCUAUCCUCUGUAUACCCCCACCCCCCCCCCCCUACCUUGUCACAACACAACUGAUUGGCUCAAACGCAUUAAGAAGGAAAUACAUUCCACAAAUUAACUUUUAACAAGGCAAACCUGUUAAUUGAAAUGCAUUCCAGGUGACUACCUCAUGAAGCUGGUUGAGAGAAUGCCAAGAGUGUGCAAAGCUGUCAUCAAGGCAAAGGGUGGCUAUUUGAAGAAUCUCAAAUAUAAAAUAUAUUUUGAUUUGUUUAACACUUUUUUGGUUACUACACGAUUCCAUAUGUGUUAUUUCAUAGUUUUGAUGUCUUCACUAUUAUUCUACAAUGUAAAAAAUUGUAAAAAUAAAGAAAAACCCUUGAAUGAGUAGGUGUGUCCAAACCUUUGACUGGUAGUGUAUAUACACUGAACAAAAAUAUAAACGCAACAUGCAACAAUUUCAAAGAUAUUACUGAGUUACAGUUCAUAUAAGGAAAUCAGUCAGUUGAAAUAAAUUCAUUAGGCCCUAAUCUAUGGAUUUCACGACUGGGAAUACAGAUAUGCAUCUGUUAGUCACAGAUACCUUAAAAAGAAAAGUAGGGGUGUGGAUCAGAAAACCAGUCAGUAUCUGGUGUGACCACUAUUUGCCUCAUGCAGCGUGACACAUCUCCUUCGCAUAGAGUUGAUCAAGCUGUUGAUUGUGGCCUGUUGAAUGUUGUCCCACUCCUCUUCAAUGGCUGUGCAAAGUUGCUGGAUAAUGGCAGGAACUGGAACACGCUGUCGUACACGUCGAUCCAGAGCAUCCCAAGCAUUUCAUACACACGGUCUGCCAUCUGAUUAAUCCGUGAAGAGCACACUGCUCCAGCGUGCCAGUGACAAUCGAAGGUGAGCAUUUGCCCACUGAAGUAGGUUACGACACCGAACUGCAGUCUGGUCAAGACCUGGUGAGGACGACAAGCACGCAGAUGAGCUUCUCUGAGACGAUUUCUGACAUUUGUGCAAAAACUAUUUGGUUGUGCAAACCAACAGUUUCAUCAGCUGUCAGGGUGGCUUGUCUCAGACCAUCCCGCAUGUGAAGAAGCCGGAUGUGGAGGUCCUGGGCUGGCGUGGAUACACAUGGUCUAUUUCAGCUCAUGAAACAUGGGACCAACACUUUACAUGUUGCAUUUAUAUUUUUGUUCAGUGUAUACAAACUCAGCAAAAAAAGAAACGUCCUCUCACUGUCAACUGCGUUUAUUUUCAGCAAACUUAACAUGCGUAAAUAUUUGUAUGAACAUAACAAGAUUCAACAACUGAGACAUAAACUGAACAAGUUCCACAUACAUGUGACUAACAUAAAUGGAAUAAUGUGUCCCUGAACAAAGGGGGGGUCAAAAUCAAAAGUAACAGUCAGUAUCUGGUGUGGCACCAGCUGCAUUACGUACUGGUGCAUCUCCUCCUCAUGGACUGCACCAGAUUUGCCAGUUCUUGCUGUGAGAUGUUACCCCACUCUUCUAACCAAGGCAUCUGCAAGUUCCCAGACAUUUCUGGGGGGAAUGGCCCUAGCCCUCACCCUCCGAUCCAACAGGUCCCAGACGUGCUCAAUGGGAUUGAGAUCCGGGCUCUUCGCUGGCCAUGGCAGAACACUGACAUUCCUGUCUUGCAGGAAAUCACGCACAGAACGAGCAGUAUGGCUGGUGGCAUUGUCAUGCUGGAGGGUCAUGUCAGGAUGAGCCUGCAGGAAGGGUACCACAUGAGGGAGGAGGAUGUCUUCCCUGUAACGCACAGCGUUGAGAUUGCCUGCAAUGACAACAAGCUCAGUCUGAUGAUACUGUGACACACCGCCCCAGACCAUGACGGACCCUGCCCUCCAAAUCGAUCCCACUCCAGAGUACAGGCCUCGGUGUAACUCUCAUUCCUUCGACGAUUAACGCGAAUCCGACCAUCACCCCUGGUGAGACAAAACCGCGACUCGUCAGUGAAGAGCACUUUUUGCCAGUCCUAUCUGGUCCAGCGACGGUGGGUUUGUGCCCAUAGGCGACGUUGUUGUCGGUGAUGUCUGGUGAGGACUUGCCUUACAACAGGCCUACAAGCCCUCAGUCCAGCCUCUCUCAGCCUAUUGCGGACAGUCUGAGCACUGAUGGAGGGAUUGUGCGUUCCUGAUGUAACUCAGGCAGUUGUUGUUGCCAUCCUGUACCUGUCCCGCAGGUGUGAUGUUCGGAUGUACCGAUCCUGUGCAGGUGUUGUUACACGUGGUCUGCCACUGCGAGGAUGAUCAGUCUCCCUGUAGCGCUGUCUUAGGUGUCUCACAGUACGGACAUUGCAAUUUAUUGCCCUGGCCACAUCUGCAGUCCUCAUGCCUCCUUGCAGCAUGCCUAAGGCACGUUCACGCAGAUGAGCAGGGACCCUGGGCAUCUUUCUUUUGGUGUUUUUCAGUAGAAAGUGUGAGUCAGUAGAAAGGCCUCUUUAGUGUCAUAUAUUUUCAUAACUGUGACCUUAAUUGCCUACCGUCUGUAAGCUGUUAGUGUCUUAAAGACCGUUCCACAGGUGCAUGUUCAUUAAUAGUUUAUGGUUCAUUGAACACGCAUGGGAAACAGUGUUUAAACCCUUUACAAUGAAGAUCUGUGAAGUUGCUUGGAUUUUUACAAAUUAUCUUUGAAAGACAGGGUCCUGAAAAAGGGAUGUUUCUUUUUUUGCUGAGUUUAUAUAAAAAUAUACUAUUUUGGGAUAGAACAACGCUUACAGUUUAAACUUAAAUGACUAAAACCAAAUAGAAAGUAUGUAGAAUAUAUAUAUAUUUUUUUAUAAUAGCCUAGAAUCUUUGAGAACUUGCAAUCACCAAAAUAAAAGUUAGCCAUGUCAAAAUGUGUAGAAUUGCAGGAAAUUAGCUUAAAACUGCAAAAUUGUCUCUUAGCUCCAUGGCCAAAUGUAUAGAAUUGCAGGAAAUUGGCUUUAAAGCUGCUCAAUUGUCUACGCUGCCAAGAUGAGGGCCUCAAAUGUUCUUGCCCAGGGCCCAGACAGAAUUUAGCCCAUUGCUGCGCCACCACGCUCACCACCUAAGCCCCUUUUUGAUCCAGAAAAAACCCUGCACAAAUAAUUUCAUAAUUAUACAGUCAAUUUCUUAAAAUUGGUCACAAAAGACCAUACUCAAAUCUACAUUCAGUUCAAUGUUUUGAAGAAGAGGUUUUUAUUAAUCUACUUUUUACUUUGUCUUUGGUCUGUGUAUGUUUUUUGACUUAUGGUGGGUUGCGACUCAAAAGACACCUCUAUUGGGUCAGGAAGCAAAAAAGUUUGUGAACCCCUGCCCUACGUACACAGUGGGUCUCAACAUCAACAGCAGGCCAAUGUCACAGGUUCAUAGGGUGGUAUUUUUACUUGAAAAUACACUGAAUCUGGCCCAUAUUGUCUUACCACUCUUGUUGGGUACUCAUUUGGUCAUAUCAUGUCUCCUUCUUGUGUGUUUGAAUGCUUCAGGUGCGAGCCUGCCCCACGUGCAGGUGAGCCCCCAGAGGGUGGACAUCUAUGAGGGGGAGACUCUGAAGCUGUACUGCAGGGCUGGAGGCACGCCCAGUCCCGGACUCACCUGGAAGAAACAGGGAGGACAACUCUCUCCGCAGGUAAACACUGGUCCUUUCUACCUGAUGCUUUCUGCCUGGGACUCAGGAUAUGGUUGGGAUAUAUCCUGAUCUUAAGAGUAACUAUUAUGUAUUGUAUACAAUAUCUGGUAAUGGUAUCUCACCAUGCUAUUGAAAGGGUUGUGUUGGUGAAAAAGUGAAAUCUGGUGUACAGUGUUUUGACAAAUUGUUAUUGUUUUUUCCUUCUUGUGUUUCCUUCUUCCUUUUUUUAUUCCCACCCUUUUUUCUUGACGUUUUGCUCAGGCCAUUCCUUCUCACGGUUUCCAACAGUUUAAAAGCAACAGUCUCAAUGUGUUACAGAGACGUAUUGAGGAGCUGCAGGUCUGUCCAUCUGUCCUCUGUCUCUAUGUCUGUCGGUCUCGUCUCUUACUUCCCACCUGUUGUUCUCUACUGACCUUGCUUCAACACACUGUCUACUAAACACAUGAUCAAACGUUUCUUUGAUUCAUCAUCACACACUGUAACCACCAUUUAAUUCACGACAAGCAAAUAGCUUCUCACAAAGUCUCCAUGAGAAAUAGUAGUUCAGUGUAACUGGUAGAUAACAACAACAACAGCAUCAACAAGCUGGGUGUGACGCUAUUCAUUAGUCUACUUAAUGCAUGGUUUAGUUGUUGUUAUUGUCUUAUAAGUGUUCCAUCCAUCCAUCAUCCUCCAUUUUCAAAUUUGUCCACAUGAUCAUAUCAUCCCUGACAUAUUUUUUUCCUAAACAAACCAUUGUGUUCACAUUAUUAUUAUUGUUAUUAUUAUUAUUAUUAUUAUUAUUAUUAUUAUUAUUAUUAUUAUUAUUAUUAUUAUUAUUCCUCUAUGUACACGCCCAGGCCCCAGGGCAUAGCUAGGUAUUUGGGACAUGGUUUCCUCCUGCCAGGCCCUUUGGAUUAGUCCCUCCGUACCUGGUGUCUCCUCUGCCACCCGAGGCCCGGGGCUUUGUUCUGCCUCAGAGAGCUUCAGCGUUGUGUCAGCUUUUCCCAGGGGGACUCGGGCUCUGCCGUGCGGCCACGCAGAAAUUCUGUGUGCUCUAGCAAAUGGGUUGCUUUGAAAACUUGUGAAUGGGUUCAGACACACAUUGAGCCGGCCCUCCUCGGCCUCUGCUCACUUUAGCCUGGCCCUCACGGUUGACUAGGCCGGAACUAAGCAGCUUUGUCCACGGAUGGAUGCCACGCUACCACCACCUCCCAGAUACUGUAAUCCACCCAGCCCAGCCCAGACACACCCCUUUAAAUUCUCAACCUAGACACACCCCUUUAAAUUCUCCAUCUAGAAACACCCCUUUAAAUUCUCUCUCUAGACACACCCCUUUAAAUUAUCUUUAGGUGUACUACUGUAUAUAACACUGGUCGAUUUUACAGGCUGAUAAGGUUUUAAAUAGUGGUAAGGUCCACCCCGCUGUCCAUUAUAGUUAAAGUGUAAAGUAGUUGGUUAGGGACUCAAUUUCACAUUACCAUACACAGGCUGAUUAUUUCCCCAUUAGAAAAGAGUGAUCCACUGUCUUACCAUUGUGUUUGGUUGAUCAUUGGGAUUUAUUUAGAAAUGAAGGCAUAGGGUUGAUGAUGUAGUGAGUGGUUGUAAGUAUUAGUAAACGUCUGUAAUACAUUUCCAGUGAUUUCAUACAUGACAGAGAAGCUUUGUAUUGCUUGUGACAUAUCCUUUGGCUCAAAGCCCUAUGUCUAAUAUCUCAAUUCCCUAACAGUUUCCCAGUCCUGUCAACAUUGUACUGAAUCAUUUCAACAACUCAACAACCAUUAUUUUAAGUAUACAAAAGUAUCCAAAAACAUACUACUAUGGACUACAAAACAUACUACUAUGGACUACAAAACAUACUACUAUGGACUACAAAACAUACUACUAUGGACUACAAAACAUACUACUAUGGACUACAAAACAUACUACUAUGGACUACAAAACAUACUACUAUACCUGCUGUAGUGUACUACUAACUACUGUCAAAGACAUCUACUGUAUGUCAUUGGUAACUAUUUCAGUAGUGAUCAUUAUUUGUUGUCAAAUGAAGAUUUUUAACUGUAAAAUCAUUAUAGUAAUGUUGAUUCAACUAAACAUUACUAUUCCCGACAACCAACCAACUGGUUUUAUUUUUGUUUUCUUUCGUGCAAAGCACAGCAAUACCUGAAAAGCCUUUUUAAUGAUUAUCAUAACACAAACAUUGUUAUAAAGCACAAACCAUAUAACAAUGUUAUAUAUAUGCUGAAGAUCCACCUGCUAUGUCAUUUUGUUGGUAUUGCCUCAUUGAUAAAAAAAAUCAUGUCAAGUAUGUCUCUUGUUCGCACAAUUUGUGGUCUGUGAAAUCCAAUGUUUAUACAGUAGGUGUUUGUCCAAAGGUAAUUAAUCUACUGUGUAUGUAUGAUGUUUUUGUAUUGGAUUUGGGUAGAGACAUUGUCACUGUCGUGUACAUUGUCAUGUAGUUCAUACCACAGUAGUCCUUCAUGUCUAAGGACAUUGUGACAUAAUCUUCAUCCCUCUCCUUGCUCAUUGCCGUGUCCUCUCUAGGCCCGUAUGAAGCGUACAGACAUUGGCACCCUGCUAAUCCCUAACAUCAAGUCAUCUGACUCUGGCACCUACCUGUGUGUGGGCACCAACUCCAUCGGAUCCUCAGAGGCUCACAUCGAGGUCACCGUCAAUAGAGGUGAGAGGUCGCGCUUGGGUCAUUUUCAGUACGGUACACGUUUUAAAAUGCUGUGCAGCACUAUAUAUUGGACAAGUUCAGAUAGUACUGAUUCAUUCUGUUUCAAAAUGUUUUCGCCUUACUGAACACGACCCAGGUCAACCUACCCCAGAGGAGUACUGCUGUCUGUUGACAGUAUUAUCACUUUAGUAAAUGUCUGUAUCCUGCGGUUGUUGCUGUGUAGCAAUAGGAGGAGACACCAUCUCGUCAGCCAUCACCAUCCAGCCCUCCAUAGCAGAGGUCCAGGAGGGACAGAGCCUGGACCUCAACUGUUUUGUCCCUGGUAACCCCCCACCUGCUGUCACCUGGAGGAGGGAUAGUGGACGCCUGUCCGCCAAUCACCAGGUUGGAAAACACACACACACACACACACACACACACACACACACACAAACACACACACACAGCUAGUAAUAGCUCAUUGUUAAUGUCAUAAAGAUUUGUUCUGUUUAUUUCAGCUGAAUAGUCACUCAUAUGUAGUGUGUGUGUGUGUGUGUGUGUGUGUGUGUGUGUGUUCGUGCGUGUGCGUGUGUAGGUUCUGGGCACCAAGCUGCGUAUCCUCUCUGCCGGUCCAGAUGACUCUGGGAAGUAUAUCUGUCUUGUGGAGGGAGGGCCUGGUACUCCUGUCCGUCAGGCCUCAGUCUCUGUCUCAGUCACCGCCACCUCCUCUCGUAAGUCACCAAGCCAUUCUCUCUGUGACAAUACACUGACUUAACAAUGGAACUAUCCUCCCCACUGAUAUCACUGGGGAUGACAGUGACGCAGUCAGAGGCAUAUACAGUAGGAACAUCUGUGUUUUUAGAGGACUUUAUUUAGUGGCCUUUCGUCAGGUACAGUGGUACUUUUCCAGUUGUUUGUUUUCCAACCCUCCCUAAAGUGACCUCAUAGUGUAUGCUUUGCUAUUCCACACUGUGCCAUGAUCUCAUCCUGGUUCAAAUCUUCCUGGGUUUCUAGUUUGUCAUGUUCUGUAUUUGCUUCCAAAUUAUAAUGCUUCCAAUGGAGGCUCUAGACCUACAGUAUCAUGAUCUGGUACUUACAGUACACUGUCUUGUAUAUGUUGUAGGAUUAGAACCAAAGUGAACUGGAGUGAGUAGAGGAAAUGUUGUCCUGUUGUAAUGUUUGUGGUGGUGUGUGUUUCCUGGAGUAGGUCUGCAGACCCCCAUCAUCUCCAUUGAGCCCCACAGUGCAGCGGUGCGACAGGGAGAGUCAGCCAGCUUCAAGUGCAGGGUCAACGGUGGAGCAGAGCCCGUACGGCUGGAGUGGAAACUGUCCAACAACCAGCCCCUUCCUGGUGAGGCCCCUCCCAUUCAGUUCAAUUCCAUAUUACUUUUGCAGAGAGGCAUUUAGUCAGUGGUGGAAAAAGUACCCAAUUUUCAUACUUGAGUAAAAGUAAAGAUACCUUAGUAUAAAAUGAUUCAAGUAAAACCAGUAAAAUACUACUUAAGUAAAAUAUUAAAGUAUUUGUUUUUAAAUAUACAUAAGUAUCAAAAGUAAAUGUAAUUGCGAAAAUAUACUUAACUAUCAAAAGUAAAAGUAUAAAUAAUUUCAUAUUAAGCAAACCAGACUGCGCAAUUUUCAUGUUUUUUAAAUUUACGGAUAGCCAGGGGCACACUACAACACUCAGGCAUAAUUAACAAACGAAGCAUGUGUGUUUAGUGAGUCCGCCAGAUCAGAGGCAGUAGGGAUGACCAGGAAUGUUCUCUUGAUAAGUGUGUGAAUUUGAUUAUUUUCCAGUCCUGCUAAGCAUUCAAAAUACUGUAUAACGAGUACUUUUGGGUGUCAGGGAAAAUGUAUGGAGUAAAAAGUGUAUUAUUUUCUUUAGGAAUGUAAUGAAGUAAAAGUUGUCAAAAAUAUAAAUAGUAAAGUAAAGUACAGAUACUUAAGGGCCUUACACCACUGCAUGUCAUUAUCCACACAAGCAAACCACCUGCAAUAUCUACAGCAGGGUUGCCCAACCCUGUUCCUGGAGAGCCUUCCUCCUGUAGGUUUUUGCUCCAACCCCAGGUGUUACUAACCUGAUUCAUCUUAUCAACCUGCUAAUUUUUAGAAUCAGGUGUGCUAGAUUAGGGUUGGAGCAAAAACCUACAGGACGGUAGCUCUCCAGGAACAGGGUUGGGCAGUCCUGGUCUACAGUAAUAUAUAGUAAUAUAAUAUAGUCUGUAUCUAAUUACAUUUCUUUCAUAUUACCUAUGUUUUUAAUCAAACACACAAAGUUGCUGCUUGUCAGAGAUGUACUUGAUAGACUAAAAGAUUCCCCAUGAAACCUUUCAUUCUGUAGAUAAUGUGAAGGUUGGCCAUUACGGCACUGUCAUCACCAUCACUGACGCCCGCCCUAGCAACCAAGGCACCUACCACUGUGUGGCUACCAACCUGUUUGGAAUCACCCAGAGUAUCGUCUCUCUGAUCAUCAGAGGUAUGGCACGCACACAGACACAGACACACACAUAUGGUGUUGAUGUUUCUGAUGUGGUUCACUUUGAGCAUCUGCUCUCUGUUAGGACCCCCUUAGUAAUUGUCUUGGCAACAGAAUGACCUAAUGGUUGUUUGUCCUGAUGAAGUCAUCCUUCCUUCCAGAGUCUCCUGUAGUGACCGUCACCCCUCAGGGGCCCGUGCGAGUCAGGAUGGGUGAACCCAUUAACCUGGAGUGCCAGGCCUCCGGGGAGCCACGCCCUUCUGUCACAUGGCACAGACUGGACAGCGCCCACAACACCAUGCUGAGCAGCCCUGUGCCCAUGGAAUCCAACGCUGUCAUGCAGGUACUAUACUGCAUCUGUGUUCCUGAUCCUCAACUCCCGAUGAAACCUCCAAGUCAUUGUUACUGAGCUUUUGUGCUGUACAUGGAAGAGUAAAGGCUGGUUUCCUAAACACAGAUUAAGUUUAGUCCUAGGUUCUCAAUUCAAAGUGCUUCUUGGUCUAAGACUAGGCUUCAUCUAUUUAUUAUAUGAUGGACAGACCCAGUAAUGGUGUUCCCCUCCCCCAGGUCCUAGUGGCCCGUCCAGAGGACAGUGGUACCUACGUGUGCACAGCCCGCAACAACAAGGACACCACAGAGACCAGGGUGGAGGUGAUCGUGGAGGGAGGUGCCCAGGUGCCCAUCACGCCCCGUGCCUCUGUGCCCGAUCCCCUCAUGGUGGUGGUGGAGGGACGGACUGCCACACUGAGAUGUGAUGCUCACGGUAACUAAACCACUUCCAAAUUAUACCAAUGAGUACUAUAGCAAAGAGAACUGAGAAGAGAAUACUUGUUGUAUUGAUUGUAUUGAUCCUUGUUAGUACAGAGAAUACUUUUAAGUACAAUUAUAUUAUGCAAAUGAGAGCUAAGAGGAAAUGCAUGUCAUAGUCACAUCUUUGCUAAGAGCGUAGAAUUGGCAUGACAAAUAAUUGGCUGUACAAGUCCUUUUCCCACACUGUGAUAUUCAUUGUGUUUUCAAAAUCAACUCUUCAGGCUUCCCUACCCCUAAGAUCACGUGGUCUAAGCUGCGUGCCCCUCUCCCCUGGAGACAUAAGGUAGUGGACAACACCCUGGUCCUGCCCAGUGUUGGCCGGGCAGACUCUGGAGAGUACAUCUGCAACGCCACCAACAACAUGGGCACCACUGAAGUCACCAUCAUGCUGGACGUGGAGAGUGAGUCUCAAAAUCUGUGCACGCUGCUCUGGCCAGCUAAUCAUGAGAGAUAGAUUGGUUUCAUCAUUGAAAGCAAGUUCCCAGUCUGUACAGAAACACUAUGGAGAUAGAUAUGGAUACACUUAUGUAUAAAAAUGAACACGAGUAAACUGAAAGAUCUAUACACAAAAUAGAUCAUAAGGAACUGGUCCACUAGUGUAUAUGAAACAUAGGGCGGCAGGUAGCUUAGUGGUUAAGAGCGUUGUGCCAGUAACCGAAAGGUUGCUGGUUCUAAUCCCCGAGCUGACUAGGUGAAAAAUCUGUCGAUGUGCCCUUGAGCAAGGCACUUAACCCUAAUUGCUCAUGUAAGUCGCUCUGGAUAAGAGCGUCUGCUAAAUGACUAAAACGUUUUUAAAAAAUGUAUAGCUUGGCCAUUGGGACUGAAUAUUGGUCUUCACUGCCCAUUCCUUGCUCUGCUCAUGAGUAACAUUGUCCUAUCAAAUGUAUCACAAAUCAUGUCAUGUCCCAAUCAUCCUAACGUCUCAAUACCAUUCCCUGUCUCUACUCUCUAACCCUCCAUGUCUCGGUGAUGCAGCUCCUCCCUAUGCCACCUCCCUGCCCGACGACGUGGCAGUGCGUGUGGGCGAGGUGAUCCGGCUGCAGUGCCUGGCCCAUGGUACUCCCCCCCUGCUCUUCCAGUGGACCAAGCUGAACGGCAGUCUGUCCACCAGGGCCGACGUCCAGGGAGGAGACCUCCAGAUUAACCUAGCCAUAGCCGAGGACGCUGGCACCUACAAGUGUGUCGCCACCAACAAAGUGGGCACCAGCGAAGCACAUGCCAAAGUCACUGUCAGAUGUAAGUACCGUGCGCAGUCACAACUUUGUCUGUUCUUACUUUGCAAACCAAAUGGAGACCGACAGCUCAAUUACUUUGCAAUGGGAAAUACCUUCAUGAAGAGCAAACCUAAAAGCCAUGCGACUGUGAACUCAAAACAGAAUGUGUUUGUGUGGAUGCGUGCGUGUGGAUGUGUAGCGCCCCUGGCAGUGCGUGUGUCUCCUCAGGUGGAGGUAAAGGCCCGGGGUAGUGCUGUAGAGUUUACCUGCUCUGCUGCAGGAGGCCUGGGGACCACCAUGGAGUGGCUGAAGGAGGGAGGAGUCCUGCCCCCCAACCAUCACAUCAAAGAUGGGGUGCUGAGGUGAGUCAGUCCCACCAGGAGAGACACUUUACAGCAGGCAGUCAAAAUACAGAUAGUGAUCAACACAACUUAAAUACGAUCCAGAAUCAACACAACUUAAAGAUUAUCCAUGAUCUACACAACUUAAAGAUUAUCCAUGAUCAACACAACUUAAAGAUGAUCCAUGAUCAACACAACUUCAAGAUGAUCCAGGAUCAACACAACUUCAAGAUGAUCCAGGAUUAACACAAGUAAAUGUUGAUCCAGGAUCAACCUAACUUAAAUACGAUCCAGGAUCAAUACAACAUAAAGAUGAUCCAUGAUCAAAACAACUUAAAGAUGAUCCAGGAUCAAUACAACUUAAAGAUGAUCCAGGAUCAACACAACUUAAAUAUGAUCCAGGAUCAACACAACUUAAAUACAAUCCAGGAUCAACACAAAUAAAUGAUGAUCCAGGAUCAAACAGAUGAUGAUCCAGGAUCAUGUCCCAUUUGGUGAAAUCAGGAAGUGCAUUUUUGUUGUCUGUCUUGCACUGAUACAUUUGUGUGUUUUGUGUAGGAUUGAGAACCUGGAGCAGAGCAAUGAGGGCAUCUACAUCUGCAGAGCCACCAGUGUUCACGGCCAGGCCCAGGACUCCGCCAAGCUCACCAUCCAAGGUCUGUCCAACAUCCACAAAAUCACUGAGAUACACUGACACAAGUUUUGACUCACAACCCUGAGUUAUAACACUGGAGAAUUUGUAUAGCUGCUCUAUGCAAUAAUGAUCUGUUCUAAAUCAUGAACCCCUAAAUCAGGGGUGUCAAUGUGAUGAGUGUGAUGAAAGGAGUCAGGCGCAGGAGGGUAAUCACCGAAUACAGAGUUUAUUCCUUCGUUGACACACAAAUGCACUCAAAUAGUGAUCAACGAAACAGGCACAGGGGAAACACUCAUCCCUGGCAAAUACACUGUAACGGAUAUCCCAUAAUACAUAGGCACAGGGGAAAAUCUACCCUGGCCACAAAAUGUACGAGUAGCUCUACCGAGCUACACUACUCUCACAGCUAACAAUCACCCACAAGGACAAGGGGGCAGAGGGAACACUUAUACACGGACUAAUGAGGGGAUUAGAACCAGGUGUGUGUGAUUGACAAGACAAACAAAUGUGAUGAUGAUUGGGGCGGCAGUGGUUAGUAAGCCGGUGACGACGAACGCCGAAGCCUGCCCGAACAAGGAUGGGAGGCAGCCUCGGCCGAAGUCGUGACAGUCAAACAUACAGCCCGCGAGCCGGAUCCGGCACACAAGCUCAUUCAUUCUGGCCCGCAGGGGAGUUUAUUUUAGGCUAAAACCAAAUCGAAACUGUGUAGAAAUUGACCUACAUUUAUAGUCUCUUCACUCUGUCCAGCUUGCUAACAGUCAUCAAUAGUUUCUUCACUCUGUCCAGCUUGCUAACAGUCAUUUAAACGAAUGUCAGACAAUCAGGGAGCAUCGAAAAUGUAAAAAGCGAUGGAUAGAGGACUAUGUUUUGCUAAUUUUGAUGGCAUGGAAAUUUAAACCAAUUUUAAGUGCAGCGCUCCGGACCUUGGUGAAGACCGAAUGCGGCCUGCGGGGCAAAAUGAUUUUGACAGCCCUGCCCUAAAUGUAUCCAUUCCAGCAUUAAUUUAAUGUUGGUAUUGUCAGGUUUUUGGCCAUGACUGUUCGGGUUUUGGUCACUAGAUGUCCCCAUUGCACCUUUUGUACCUUUUGUUUUUCUUGCUCUAAUUAUUGUUUGCACCUGUAGGUCAUUCCCUUGUUAGUAUUUAAACCCUGUGUGUUCCUCAGUUCCUUGCUCAGUGUUUGUAAGUUAGCACCCAGCCCCAGCCCAUGCCUUGUUUUAUAUAGAUAUUUCUCUGGUGGGAUUUUCCAGAGGUUCUCUGGUUUAGUUCUUGUGUUUUGUUUGAGUAGUCUUUUGAGGUUUGUUUUUCCCUGCUGUUUUUUACCACUUUGUGGAGUUUCUUUUGUUUUUGGAGGUUUUCCUCUUUGUGCCUCUUGGCUUUAUUUUUGGACAUUGUGGAUUUAGCUUCUUUGCCUGAAGAUUUUGUUCUUUAAUAAACCACCAUCUCUAGUACAGCUGUGUCUGCCUCAUCUUCUGGGUUCUGACAAUUAUUAGUGACUGUUUCUCGCACCGGGUCGUGACAGAAACACUGAGCCACUAUUAUGAACCCAGAGGCAGCCAGUACCCAGGAUCUUUUUUCCAUGCUGUCCCACCAUGAGGGGACUGUCCAACGCCACGAAGCUGCUCUGGUUCAGCAAGAGGCCUUAAUGGCUAGACAUUCUCAACUUCUGUCAGAGAUGCUGACUUCCAUAAAGCAGAUUUCGGAUCGACUUUCCCCGGCAACCGCUUCUGCUCCAGUUCAUCCGAUUCAAGGGCCCCUGGCAGUUAAUCCCCUGGCUGAACCUCGUCUGCCGCCUCCCCAACGGUUCUCAGGGGAUCCGAGUGUUUGUAAGGGGUUUUUCACCCAAUGUUCUCUCUCCUUUGAGCUGCAACCAUCGUCGUUUCCCACCGACCGGUCCAAGAUAGCAUAUAUCAUCACCCUGCUGUCGGAAAAGGCCCUAGCCUGGGCUACUGCUGUGUGGGAUGCCCAAAGUCCCUGCUGUGCCAGCUACUCUACCUUUGCUGAAGAAUUCAAGCGAGUGUUUCAAGGUCCUACCAACGGCCCUGACUCAGCCAAACAGCUCCUGACUCUCCGCCAAGGUCGGCGCAGCGUGACGGACUAUGCCAUCCAGUUCCGCACUGUGGCAGCAGCAAGUGGCUGGAACGACGAGGCGCUCACAGUGUGUUUUUUGAAGGGUCUUUCUGACACCAUCCAAGAUGAACUGGCCACUCGGGAACCACCGGACAACCUCGAGUCCCUUAUCAAGUUGGCUUCACGCAUAGACCAGCGUCUGAGAGAGAGAGAACAAAACCAUAGACCGCUCACCCCAGCUCCUAUCGGUUCCAGCUCCGAGUCUCCACCUUUAUCCUCGCUGGCUCCACCAGAACCCAUGCAGGUUGGACGCAUCUCCCAGGCUGAGAGAGACCGCCGGAUGAGGGAGCGAUGCUGUCUAUAUUGCGGCAAACCGGGCCAUUUCCGCUCCACGUGUCCCGGGCUCCAGGGAAACGCACUCUCCCGUGCAGGCCUGGGAGGACUGUAACGGGAAACAUAACCUCCUCCCAUCAAUCCAACUCCCGCCUGCUCAUUCCAGUUACCCUCUCCUGGGACGACCACGAGUUUUCUCUUCAAGCCUUGGUAGACUCUGGAGCCGCAGGUAACUUCAUGGAUGGGAUCUGGGCGAAGGAGAAUGGCGUUCCUUCUGAACCUCUAAGUGACCCCAUAAGGGUUACUACGUUGGAUAGAAGUCCUUUGGGAUCUGGACUUGUCACUCGUGCCACUACCCCCUUACGACUUUCAGUUUCCCAACACCAGGAAGUGAUGAACUUUCAUCUGAUCUCCUGUUCCGAGUUUCCUCUCGUCCUUGGUUAUCCCUGGCUUCACAGCCAUAACCCUCACAUCGACUGGUCUGUGGGCACUAUCAAGCAGUGGGGUCCUACGUGCCAAGCCACUUGUAUCUUCCCGAGUUCCCAGAGUUCUCCUUCCGAGUCUCUAGAAUCCAUCGACUUGUCCCGAGUUCCCGAGUGUUACCAUGACCUCAAACUGGUAUUUAGCAAACAGAGGGCCACCAAACUACCACCCCAUAGACCUUACGAUUGCACCAUCGACCUGUUGCCGGGGACCUGCCCUCCCAGGGGUCGGAUCUUUUCCCUUUCCCCUCCCGAACGAGCUGCUAUGGAUACCUACAUCAAGGACGCUCUGACAGCAGGCCUCAUGCGUCCAUCUACCUCGCCGGCGGGAGCAGGGUUUUUCUUUGUGGCCAAGAAAGACGGUGGAUUACGACCUUGCAUCGACUACCGGGGACUCAAUGCCAUAACCGUCCGUAACCGCUACCCGCUACCUCUUAUGGCCACAGCCUUUGAGCUGCUCCAGGAAGCAGUUGUCUUCACUAAGCUUGACCUGCGGAACGCAUACCAUCUUGUGCGGAUCAAACCCGGGGACGAGUGGAAGACCGCUUUCAACACGCCUACUGGUCACUACGAAUACUCGGUGAUGCCCUUCGGCCUGACCAACGCUCCGGCUGUGUUCCAAGCGCUCAUAAACGAUGUGCUUAGGGAUAUGCUUAACAUCUUUGUGUUUGUUUACUUGGAUGACAUCCUCAUCUUUUCGAGCUCCCUUCAAGAACACACGAAGCAUGUCAGACAAGUGCUCAAACGCCUCCUAGACAGCCAUUUGUACGUUAAGCCGGAGAAGUGUGAAUUCCAUUCCUCUCGAGUACAAUUCCUGGGAUUUAUAGUGGAACCCGGACGAGUCCAGAUGGACCCCAAGAAGGUAGAGGCGGUAGCGGAUUGGCCCACCCCCAAGUCCGUUAAGGAAGUUCAGCGUUUCCUGGGCUUCACCAACUUUUACCGCAAGUUCAUCAAGAACUUCAGCUCGGUGGCAGCCCCUCUCUCGGCGGUAACCAAGGGUGGCAACACAAGGUUUCUGUGGGGAAGAGAAGCUGAGACGGCCUUCCAAGGACUCAAGCAGCGCAUCCUCUCUGCUCCCAUCCUGACACUACCAACGGCGGAUGAACCUUUUGUGGUGGAGGUAGACGCAUCAGAGGUUGGGGUUGGAGCUGUCCUGUCUCAGAGGGGUGAAGACAAGAAGCUUCAUCCUUGCGCCUUCUUCUCUCACCGGCUUACCCCGGCCGAGAGGAAUUACGAUGUGGGGGAUCGUGAACUCCUAGCGGUUAAGAUGGCAUUGAAGGAAUGGAGACACUGGCUCGAGGGGGCUUCUCAACCGUUUCAAGUGCUUACGGACCACAAGAAUCUGGAGUAUAUCCAGCAGGCGAAGCGGUUGAACGCCAGACAAGCUCGAUGGUCUCUUUUCUUCAGCCGAUUUCAGUUUAUCCUCACCUAUAGACCCGGGUCGAAGAAUCUCAAACCGGACGCCUUGUCACGAAUCUACUCUCCUGCCAUUCGAGAAGAUACUGACAUGACUGUCCUUCCGGCCGCUAAGAUCGUGGCUCCGAUCUCGUGGCAAGUGGAGGAUACCGUGAAACAAGCUCAAGCCAUCGAACCGGGCCCUGGAGGAGGUCCUGCUAAUCGGUUGUUUGUUCCCAAGGCAGCAAGGUCCCAAGUCCUUCGGUGGGGGCACUCCUCUCGCCUCACCUGUCACCCGGGCGUAGGCCGCACCUUGGAGUUCAUCCAGCGUAAGUUCGGGUGGCCCACCAUAAAAGAAGACGUUGCCACUUUCGUCAAGGCCUGUUCCGUGUGCUGCCAGGGCAAAUCUUCUCACCUCCGCCCUCAAGGACUCCUUCACCCUCUAUCUAUUCCCCACCGACCCUGGUCCCAUAUCUCGUUGGACUUUAUUACUGGCCUUCCUCCGUCCCAUGGUAAUACUACGAUCCUAGUCAUCAUCGACAGGUUUUCUAAGGCGGCCAGGUUUGUUCCUUUGACCAAAUUACCUUCUGCCAAGGAAACAGCUGAGUUGGUGAUUAACCAUGUGUUCCGAGUCUUUGGGAUUCCGCAAGAUAUGGUUUCCGACAGAGGUCCCCAGUUCGCCUCAAUGUUUUGGAAGGCCUUCUGCCAACUCAUAGGGGCCACGGCCAGUUUAUCUUCAGGGUACCAUCCGGAGUCCAAUGGCCAAACUGAGAGGAUGAAUCAGGAGCUGGAAACCACCCUCAGAUGCAUGGUUUCCAACAACCCGUCCACUUGGUCAUCCUUCAUUGUUUGGGCCGAGUACGCGCACAACACCUUGUGCUCCUCCUCCACUGGUAUGUCCCCGCAUGAGUGUCAGUUUGGCUAUGCGCCUCUAUUGUUCCCGGACCAGGAGGCAGAAGUCAGAGUGCCUUCAGCCUCGAGGUUCAUCAGACGCUGUCGGCUUACGUGGAAGAAGGCACGUCUUAAUCUUCUGCGUUCCUCUCAGCAGUACCAACGACAAGCCAACAGAGGUCGCCGUCCCGGUCCUACCCUGUACCCCGGCCAGAGAGUAUGGCUCUCAACUAAGAACCUACCACUACGGGUGGAGUCUCGCAAGCUGUCCCAGAGGUUCAUCGGUCCCUUUAAGAUUGCCAGGAGAGUCAAUCCCGUUACUUUUCGCCUGCACUUACCCAGAUCACUUAAGAUCAAUCCAACAUUUCACAUUUCUUUAUUAAAACCUGUUGUUUUUUCUCCCCUUAUCCCGGCAGGCAGACCUCCCCCUCCGCCCCGUGUCAUCGGUGGUCAGUCGGCUUAUACCGUCCACCGGAUACUGGAUUCCCGCCGGGUGCAGCGGUCCUGGCAGUAUCUGGUGGACUGGGAAGGCUACGGUCCCGAGGAGCGCUCCUGGGUUCCUGCCAAGGACAUACUGGACCCUGACCUCAUUCGUCAGUUCAGGGCCCUCCACCCUGAGAAGGCUGGUAGGAACGUCAGGAGCCGUUCCUAGGAGGGGGAUUCUGUCAGGUUUUUGGCCAUGACUGUUCGGGUUUUGGUCACUAGAUGUCCCCAUUGCACCUUUUGUACCUUUUGUUUUUCUUGCUCUAAUUAUUGUUUGCACCUGUAGGUCAUUCCCUUGUUAGUAUUUAAACCCUGUGUGUUCCUCAGUUCCUUGCUCAGUGUUUGUAAGUUAGCACCCAGCCCCAGCCCAUGCCUUGUUUUAUAUAGAUAUUUCUCUGGUGGGAUUUUCCAGAGGUUCUCUGGUUUAGUUCUUGUGUUUUGUUUGAGUAGUCUUUUGAGGUUUGUUUUUCCCUGCUGUUUUUUACCACUUUGUGGAGUUUCUUUUGUUUUUGGAGGUUUUCCUCUUUGUGCCUCUUGGCUUUAUUUUUGGACAUUGUGGAUUUAGCUUCUUUGCCUGUAGAUUUUGUUCUUUUAUAAACCACCAUCUCUAGUACAGCUGUGUCUGCCUCAUCUUCUGGGUUCUGACAAUUAUUAGUGACUGUUUCUCGCACCGGGUCGUGACAGGUAUUGACCCUCUCUCCUCUCCCAUCCACAGCCCUGCCUAAGGUGAUGAUCAAUGUACGUACCGCAGUGCAGACAGUGAUGUUGGGUAACUCCGUGGAGUUUGAGUGCCAGGCUAUCGGCGAGCCCCAGCCCACGGUGCGCUGGAGCAGGGUGGGAGGGCCACUGCCGGCACACAUCAUGGUGAAGGGAGACAUGCUGAAGAUCGAACAGGUGUCCGAGGCUGACGCUGGACAGUACCGCUGCACUGCCACCAACGACGUGGGCUCUGUGCAGUCUCAGGUGGUCCUACAUGUCCAAUGUGAGUAGAAAGAGAAGUGCACUGGACCUGUACGUCUGCAAACACACGCGCACCUGCACACAGACACGCAUACACACAGACACAAAGACACACACAACACACAUAUACACUCCUAUAGCCCUUGUCCCCUCUGAUCAUGUAUUGGUGGAUAUUUGUUUGUAAAGCCCUACCCCAGAUCGCAGCUCUACCAGAGCUGAAUGAAGUGACAGUGGGAUCAGAUGCUGUCCUGCCCUGUGUGGCAUCAGGAUACCCAGUGCCUGCCAUCAAAUGGUCCAAGGUAGCCAACACCCUAUCAGUGCAACGGAAAACAAACUAGUAAAGAUAGUGCCUAUCUGUUUCUGACCAUUUUCAUCUGCUUUGUGCCUAGUGAACAGGAUCCUGAUUUGACCCUUUGUAACAUGUUCUGUGUCCUUGUCUCUCUAGCUGGAUGGGGAACUCCCUCCUAAGUGUAGACAGGUAGUCAACACCUUGACGGUUCCCGAAGUGACCCACGAGGAUUCUGGGACAUACGUGUGCACUGCCUCCAACAAGCAAGGCAAAGUGGAGGCCUUAACCACCCUCAAAGUCCAUGGUCAGUCAGCUGUAUAUAAACACACUGUGAAAGGGAAUAUCAUAUUAUUGCCAGUAUCCAACUCGAUGAUUCCCUGUCCCCUAUCUCUAGUUCAUAGGCGGUAAGCUCAAUCGGAGGGAAACUUUCGACAUUGCCAGUAUCUAAAUCUAUGAUUCUCUAUCCUUUAUCUCUACAGAUCGAGUGAUGCCCUAUUUCACCCAGGAGCCCCUGUCCUAUCUCACUCUGCCCACAAUCAAGAACGCCUAUAAGUCCUUCAGCAUCAAGAUCAGCUUCAGGCCAGACAAUCCUGAUGGUGAGGACUUAUGUACUGAAAAAUAGCUUUCUCUGCACAGAUGAUGUGCACCAGUGGAUUUGCAUCUUUUGCUUUAUGAUAGUUUCACUGACUACAGUGAUCCUGACUGCAUCUGUUAUGAUGUCUUUGUGUCAUUGAGUACAUUCUCUUUCCUUGUUUUUUUGUUGUGUGUCAUAUGUUUUUUCACAUGAUUUCACCCCCCUCUUCUUCUGUUCAUCCACACACUCCCUCUCUUCUCACCCAUGCGGUGUGAAGGUCUCAUACUGUAUGCGGGUGAGUCGCAGUGCUUGAGCUCACACACUCAAGACUGAUGCAGGUGAUGCUUUUUGGGCUGAAAAGCCAGAAAAGCCACCAGUGAUGUUGACCUUUUACCUUACCAUAAUGCAUCCUAAUGUAGAGGACAGCUGGUGGCUGUGAGAGAGAAGCCUAUUGAAGAAUGGCCUAUGUCCUCAUUCAGGCAUGAUGGCUGUAUUGGCAACCCUCCCGCUCGUCAUUCCAUUACAGUCCACUUCAUCUCUCUGCAUCAGCUUCUACCUACAAGACUGCCCUGCUGCUUCUAAAGACAAGCUUUAUUAUUGCAAAAUGAAUGUCUUAUUAGCCUAGACAGUGAAUAGGCCUCAUAAUGGAGAUUGGACAGUACUGUAUGUAAGCCCCACCAGUGAGGUGGGCCGCUUCAAUGGGUGACACUCAUACUCUGAAAACAACUUCCAUACCAGCUCAUGGAAGCUGUACAGAGUGAACUAUCCAACAACAAAAUACAAUUGUGCCGCAUUUAAGAAAUCUCUCUUUGCUAUAACCUCUCCCUUUCAGAGCCAUAGAUGUUAGGGAUAUGUUUAUGAGGAGGAGGCAUGGUUUUAGACUGCCCUGGCUUUGACCUUGCUGAUGAUGGUUGCAGUGCUGGUUGGGCAGAGUUUAGCAGAGCAUGUGUCGUUGGCAUGCAGCCAGUGUGAAGGCAGAGAUACUGACAGUUUGAUACAGAGCAGAGCGAUGCCCCAGGGCAGCACAUACUAGAACCUGGCUUUGACUGUCCCAAGCUUGGCCCUUAACCAGCUAGCAUGCAGCUUCUUGGACUGAGUGACCUCAGUUCUCCUCCUGGUGCCAGGGGGACUGUUUGUCUCUGACUGGCUCCAGGGGGCGAGGGUGUGUACCAAGCUAACUGUACCUCCACUGGUCCACCAGGUAUGAUCAUCUAUAAUGGACAGAAGAGGACCAUGGGAGCAGACUUCAUCUCUCUGGGGCUGGUGGGAGGCAGGCCUGAGUUCAGGUGAGCACCUGGCUGUCAUUCUGGUGCAUUAGGGCUACCGAUAUGAACACUAUAUGAGCUCAAUGUGUAAGAAUAAACAAGCUGUUGAUGAAUGGUAACUUGAACUGUCAUUAGUCUCUGUCAACAUUAGCUGAUGAUGAUGGAUCACAAUCAUGAUGGCAAAACGACAAUGGCAGCGAUAACUCUAACCUGAACUGUUUUCUCCUGCCAGGUUUGACGUGGGUUCUGGCAUGGCCACCAUCCGCUACCCCACCCCCAUCAAACUGGGAGAGUUCCACACCAUAGAGCUCUACCGCAACCAGACCCAGGGCUCCAUCAUAGUGGACAGAGAGGCCCCUGUCAAUGGGAGCUCACAGGUAGUCCCACUCAAAUUGUUUAGAUCCUGAGACUGUUGAACAAUGUCAUUCGUACGAAGAGAAUAUCCAACAGAAGCACCCAGGUAGUUUCAUAUAGCCAGUUAUAGACUGUUGAAUUCAUAUAAAGUACAUAUCCAGGAGAUUAAUCCAUGAACACUGUUUCCUGUCUUGUAUCAAAGGGCAAGUUCCAGGGGCUGGAUCUGAACGAGGAGUUGUAUGUGGGUGGUUACCCCAACUACACCCUCCUGGCCAAGACCGCUGGCCUCAAGACCGGCUUUGUCGGUAAGAGAUCACUUUCAACCAGAACACCUGGUACAACACAAAUGUCCCAUACUUCAGGGAACAGUAGAUACAUUUAUAACAUACAUUCUUUGUUUGUUUUGUAGUUGGUUAUUUCUUAACAGUAAACAAUACUUUGCUGAUCACUGUUUUGGAAUGUUCCCAUUGGUUUUUGUUCUUGGUUCUAUCCAGGGUGCAUCCGUAAGCUGGUCAUCCAAGGUGAUGAGAUCAUCUUCAAGGAUCUGGACCGCAGCUCCACGGGCGUGUCCAACUGUCCCAUCUGCACUGACCGCCCCUGUCAGGUCAGCUGACAACCACGUCCUCAGACCCCACUUGAAAUACAUUCAUGCAUUCAUUCAUUGUGGUGUUGUGUUUCAGAAUGGAGGGGUGUGCCAGGACUCUGAGGCCAGUCUGUACAAGUGUAGCUGUCCCAGAGGAUUCACAGGGAGUAACUGCCAGCACCACUCCUCCCUGCACUGCCACCCAGAGGCUUGUGGACCGGACGCCACCUGCAUCAACCGUCAGAACACCCUGGGCUACGACUGCCGAUGCCACCUGGGCAAGUCUGGAAACAAGUGCAUGGAUGGUAAGGGAAACAGGUUUUCUUCCUGAGCAAUGCCCACUUUCCUGUAUUGCCAUUGAGGCAUAAUCACACCUUACUAGAUAUAAUAGAAAUUCUCUCAAUAUCUUGUUUGUUUGUUUUUAGGCAUUUUGGUCACAUAAUAUCUCAACAUCUUGUUUUUUUGUGGCAUUUUUAUCUUAACAUCUUGUUGAUGUUUGUUUCCUCUAGGUGAAUUGGUGACUACUCCCCUGUUUGAUGGUUUGGACUCGUACAUUGAGUACCCUGCCCUGACCAACAUCCACAACGACCUGCGCAUCGAGAUGGAGUUCAAACCCAUGGACCAGGACGGCCUGAUGUUCUUCAGCGUGGGCAAGAAGAUGAAGACAGAGGACUUUGUCUCCCUGGAGAUGGUAGACGGAUACGUGCAGUUCCGCUAUGAACUGGGGACUGGUGAGAGCAUAAAGAUAUAGUAUAAUAAUAUCUAUAGUAUACUACUAUGUUACGUGUGUAUUGUGAUAGCUACUCAACCUGGUGUAUCCUCUCCGACUGUUACCUUAAGCUUGUUAUGGUUGUGCCAUAGAUUCUUGAAUCUUAACUUAUAGAUCGAGUCUCCAAACACUGUAACUCUGUUGACCGAUACGAUCAGGGAAUCUGUUGUCUAGGGUUUAAGUAUCUCCGCUGUUUCAUUGGCCUAGUUUUCACACGAAGCACCUCUCAGGCACCCACAAAACAGUGGAAAGGAAAUUAGCAAGCCACUAGCAAGCACUGACGCGCUCAGACAUAGUGCCGUAGUGGAAACCAUGCUACUACUGUCUUUGUUUCCAGGCCAAGCUGUCCUGCGCAGUCCUGAGCCGGUCACCCUUGGCCAGUGGCACCGCAUGGAAGCCGGGCGCCUCGACAAGGAUGGCUCUCUGACGGUUGACGGUGGUCGGGAGGUCAGGAGGUCGUCGCCAGGCAAGGCCCAGGGCCUGAACAUCCACACCCCCAUGUACCUGGGAGGAGUCCCCAACAUGGAGAUCGUACCCAAGGCCCUUAAUAUCAGUGAUCUGUUUGUUGGAUGCAUAGGAGAGGUGAGCUCAACACACACACACACACAGAGGGAGAGUGAGAGACGUGAUGAUUCAUGAUUCCCUCUAUUACCAUUCAUAACCACUUAUGUCAUGUUUAUAAUCACCUUAGUACCUCCACAAUGUCACGUCGGAUAUCCAGAUACAGAACAGUCACAGAAUAUCUGUGUACAAUAGUGGUGGAAAACAAAUAUGACAAAUGUCUUAUUUUCCCUGAUCAUUUGACUUGAUUGGACCUUUAACCUCUACCAUGUUUAUUGUCCCUUGUCCAGGUGUCCAUCAAUGGUAAGAAGGUGGACCUGUCCUACAGCUUCACAGACAGCAUGGCCAUCGUCCAGUGUAAGGACAACAGUCCCUGUGACCGCAACCCCUGUCUGAACGGGGCCAGAUGCAUGCCCAGCGCUGAAUAUGAGUACCAGUGUCUCUGCAAGGAUGGCUUCGAGGGUGAGUCCAUUGUAAAUGUUAAAUGACUUACAAUCUAUGGCAUUUCAGUUUGGUUAGAGCUAUAUGCCAUAGAUUGAUUUAAGAAUUGGCAUUCAAUAACCCUAUGCUAACCUAUUCUGAAAAUAAUAUUUACCAAAUCAAAAAUGUAAUCAUCAAAUUAAAUUGUAUUCGUCACAUGCUUUGUGAACAUGUGUAGACUAGCAGUGAAAUGCUUACUUACAGGCCCUUCCCAACAAUGCAGAGAUAAAAUAAAAUAAAUAAUAGAAAGAUAAUAACACGAGAAAUAAAUACACAAUGAGUAACGAUAACUUGGCUAUAUACACGGGGUACCAGUACCUAGUCGAUGUGCAGGGGUACGAGGUAAUUGAGGUAGAUACACUACAUUACCAAAAGUAUGUGGACACCUGCUUGUCGAACAUCUCGUUCCAAAAUCAUGGGCAUUAAUAUGGAGUUGGUCUCCCCUUUGCUGCUAUAACAGCCUCCAAUUUUCAAGGAAGGCUUUCCACUAGAUUUUGAAACAUUGCUGCGGGGACUUGCUUCCAUUCAGCCACAAGAGCAUUAGUGAGGUCGGACACUGAUGUUGGGCGAUUAGGCCUGGCUCGCAGUCGGCGUUCCAAUUCAUCCCAAAGGUGUUCGAUGGGGUUGAGGUCAGUGCUCUGUGCAGGCCAGUCAAGUUCUUCCAUACCGACAAACCAUUUCUGUAUGGACCUCGCUUUGUGCACAGGGGCAUUGUCAUGCUGAAACAGGAAAGGGCCUUCCCCGAACUGUUGCCAGAAAAUUGGAAGCACAGAAUCGUAUAGAAUGUCAUUGUAUGCUGUAGCGUUAAGAUUUCCCUUCACUGGAUCUAAGGGGCCUAGCCCAAACCAUGAAAAACACCACCAGACCAUUAUUCCUCCUCCACCAAACUUUACAGUUGGCACUGUACAUUGGGGCAGGUAGUGUUCUCCUGGCAUCCGCCAAACCCAGAUUCGUCUGUCAAACUGCCAGAUGGUGAAACAUGAUUCAUCACUCCAGAGAACGCGUUUCCACUGCUCCAGAGUCCAAUGGCAUCGAGCUUUACACCACUCCAGCCGACGCUUGGCAUUGUGCAUGGUGAUCUUAGGCUUGUGUGCAGCUGCUCGGCCAUGGAAACCCAUUUCAUGAAGCUCUCGACAAACAGUUGCUUCCAGAGGCAGUUCGGAACUCGGUAGUGAGUGUUGCAGCCAAGGACAGACGAUUUUUACGCGCUUCAGCACUCGGCGGUCCCGUUCUGUGAGCUUGUGUGGCCUACCACUUCGCGGCUGAGACGUUGUUGCUCCUAGAUGUUUCCACUUCACAAUAACAGCACUUACCGUUGACCGGGGCAGCUCUAGCAGGGCAGAAAUCUGACUAACUGACUUGUUGGAAAGGUGGCAUCCUAUGACGGUGCCACGUUGAAAGUCACUGAGCUCUUCAGUACGGGCCAUUCUACUGCCAAUGUUUGAUUCUACUGCCAAUGUUUGUCUAUGGAGAUUGCAUGGCUGUGUGCUCGAUUUUAUACACCUGUCAGCAACGGGUGUGGCUGAAAUAGCAAAAUCCACUAAUUUGAAGGGGUGUCCACAUACUUUUGUAUGUAUAGUGUAUGUACAGUGGGGAAAAAAAGUAUUUAGUCAGCCACCAAUUGUGCAAGUUCUCCCACUUAAAAAGAUGAGAGAGGCCUGUAAUUCUCAUCAUAGGUACACGUCAACUAUGACAGACAAAAUGAGAAAACAUUUUCCAGAAAAUCACAUUGUAGGAUUUUUAAUGAAUUUAUUGGCAUAUGAUGGUGGAAAAUAAGUAUUUGGUCAAUAACAAAAGUUUCUCAAUACUUUGUUAUAUACCCUUUGUUGGCAAUGACACAGGUCAAACGUUUUCUGUAAGUCUUCACAAGGUUUUCACACACUGUUGCUGGUAUUUUGGCCCAUUCCUCCAUGCAGAUCUCCUCUAGAGCAGUGAUGUUUUGGGGCUGUCGCUGGGCAACACAGACUUUCAACUCCCUCCAAAGAUUUUCUAUGGGGUUGAGAUCUGGAGACUGGCUAGGCCACUCCAGGACCGUGAAAUGCUUCUUACGAAGCCACUCCUUCGUUGCCUGGGCGGUGUGUUUGGGAUCAUUGUCAUGCUGAAAGACCCAGCCACGUUUCAUCUUCAAUGCCCUUGCUGAUGGAAGGAGUGUUUCACUCAAAAUCUCACGAUACAUGGCCCCAUUCAUUCUUUCCUUUACACGGAUCAGUCGUCCUGGUCCCUUUGCAGAAAACAGCCCCAGGAUGUUUCCAACCCCAUGCUUCACAGUAGGUAUGGUGUUCUUUGGAUGCAACUCAGCAUUCUUUGUCCUCCAAACAUGACGAGUUGAGUUUUUACCAAAAAGUUAUAUUUUGGUUUCAUCUGACCAUAUGACAUUCUCCCAAUCCUCUUCUGGAUCAUCCAAAUGCACUUCAGACGGGCCUGGACAUGUACUGGCUUAAGCAGGGGGACACGUCUCGCACUGCAGGAUUUGAGUCCCUGGCGGCGUAGUGUGUUACUGAUGGUUGGCUUUGUUACUUUGGUCCCAGCUCUCUGCAGGUCAUUCACUAGGUCCCCCCGUGUGGUUCUGGGAUUUUUGCUCACCGAUCUUGUGAUCAUUUUGACCCCAUGGGGUGAGAUCUUGCGUGGAGCCCCAGAUCGAGGGAGAUUAUCAGUGGUCUUGUAUGUCUUCCAUUUCCUAAUAAUUGCUCCCACAGUUGAUUUCUUCAAACCAAGCUGCUUACCUAUUGCAGAUUCAGUCUUCCCAGCCUGGUGCAGGUCUACAAUUUUGUUUUUGGUGUCCUUUGACAGCUCUUUGGUCUUGGCCAUUGUGAAGUUUGGAGUGUGACUGUUUGAGGUUGUGGACAGGUGUAUUUUAUACUGAUAACAAGUUCAAACAGGUGCCAUUAAUACAGGUAACGAGUGGAGGACAGAGGAGCCUCUUAAAGAAGAAGUUACAGGUCUGUGAGAGCCAGAAAUCUUGCUUGUUUGUAGGUGACCAAAUACUUAUUUUCCACCAUAAUUUGCAAAUAAAUUCAUUAAAAAUCCUACAAUGGGAUUUUCUGGAAUUUUUUUCCUCAAUUUGUCUGUCAUAGUUGACGUGUACCUAUGAUGAAAAUUACAGGCCUCUCUCAUCUUUUUAAGUGGGAGAACUUGCACAAUUGGUGGCUGACUAAAUACUUUUUUUCCCCACUGUACAUAUAGGUAGGGAUAAAGUGACUAGGCAACAGGAUAGAUAAUACAUUUACAUUUACAUUUUAGUAAUUUAACAGAUGCUCUUAUCCAGAGCGACUUACAGUAUAAACAGUAGCAGCAGCAUAUGUGAUGAGUCAAGAGUUAGUGCAAAGAUGGGUCAAUGCAGAUAGUCCUAUUGGUUAACUAUUUAGAAAAUGUCACUGCAGUGUGUAUCUGUCCUCCUGAUGCCACUUUGACCCCUCUAACCCUGACCACUGACCCCUGUCUCUGUGCCCUCUCCAGGUGAGCGCUGUGAGGUGGUGAAGGAUACCUGUCAGAGCAGUGACCAGUGCCAGAAUGGAGGCAGCUGUGUGAAUGGCCAGUGUGUGUGUCCUAUAGGCUUCAAUGGCCCCAUCUGUGGGCAGAGUGAGUACUGCUCUCUUACCUUCCUAUACACUGGACACAACACAACCAUUCCACUACAUCUUGGUCCUCUGUAGGGCUCUUGGUGGUCCUCUGUAGCUCCGUUGGUAGAGCAUGGCACUGGCAGUGGCAACGUCAGCAUAGUGGGUUCGAUUCCCGGGACCACCCAUACGUAAAAAAUGUACGCAUGACUGUAAGUCGCUUUGGAUAAAAGCGUCUGCUAAAUGGCAUAUUAUAUUUAUUAUAUUAUCUUGAGAUGCAACUUUGUUAUCAUAGAGAAUGAGGGAGACCAGCAGAACAAAUGGAACAAUUCUGGAUAGAGAAUCUGGAUAAGGAAUCAUUAGAACCUAAUUAUAACGCUUCAGAAUGUAUUCACUGGUGGCAAUAUAUUGUAUUUUAGUUUUCUACCAAUUACUCCAAGAAUUACCCUGUUACCAUAAAAGCUGAUGUAUGGUAUAAUUGUGAAUGAGGACUUUGUUUGCAGCACUGUGUCUUUAUUAGCUAGGAGAUAAAGAUAUCUGUGGAGAUACCAUGAAAUCGCUUCACAGUAGCACUGUGUAUAUGUUCGCUUUAGAAUACGCCCUUAUCAUCUUGACCGAGAUAAUAGUUACCAGUAGACAUAACGGAUAAGUGCUAAAUGACUAAAAUGUAAAUAACAAUCUCUGUCCCAUAGGGCAUUGCAUUAGCUAGACCUCAACCAGACCGCUCGUCUAAGGAAUGGUCCCAUAUGAAGAUGAUUCUCCACACCCUAACCUCCAUACCAUAACAUCAGACAGCUAGUCUAUAGGAUCCAGCAGUGCUCUGAAGUGUUGGGUGUCAAAGCCACAUGAUCUAAUGUGUCUUACUCCAGGCCUCUCAUGGUUGUAUCCCACACACACAGGCCAGGUCUCCAGCUUCGCCGAGGCCCUGUGGAAUUUGGAGGGUAGUGGGGGGAAUGGUACAGUAUCCCUCCCUUCAGUUCUGCCUGACAUAACCGUGACUAACCGUCAGGGGCCCCACCGACCGACCUGAGGGCCCCAAAGAGUCCCCGCGGGUCCCCGCCGCCAGCCUAACACACUCAGCAAAUCAGAGAAACAAGUCACUUACACGACACGUAUACUAUACUACCAAACCAACACUACACAUGUCUGUACUGUACUCAACUGGUGGCUGGGGUUCCUAUCUGUGACAUGUUGGGAGAGGGGAAUUCUAUGUUGUUAAAGGCUAAGUGUACUGUAGCAUGCAGAUGGAUAUUACGUCAUCUUGCGGUUGUGUCUCAGCAGCUUUUGGCCUUGUGACACUUUUUCUUUGUCUUGUUUUAGAUACCGUAUAGGUUUUAAAUGUAGAAUUCCCCUUUUUUCCUCUCCUAAACAAGCGUCCUGUCGAGUCUGACAUAAUAACCAACCACUCACUGCAACAAGAACUUCUGUUCCGUCUCCCGUCUUCCGAACUGCCUGUCCAAAACAACAACAGAAACAACUAUUUUUUUCUCCACUACUGCUGUCGUUGGGAACUGAGAAUGUGAAAUGCAUUUUUCUACAUAUUGGUACAAGGAUGUUCGUUGUCAGUUACUAACCACUAAAAGUAUUUUUAUGAAAGGAUUAUGAUGUGAAAGCUGUUUGGGUGUGAAACUCCUGAAGAUGAUAACUACGCAUGGAGUACUCAAUCUUCUGGGUCUACACUGCACUGUGAUACCUGUAUCUUUAGACUCAACAAACAUAGUGUGUGUAAGGAAUGACGUACUAUGGAGACUGUCAUCUGACUGUGGAGUUUUGUACAGUUUGUCUGUCAAUACAGAAUCUGCAAUCUGCAACAUUGGUAUAAAAUACUGUAUUAAGGAAUACGUGUCAAAAAUAGAGCUAUUUGAAAUAUUAAUACAAAUAUUGUUCCUAAAGUCAAAUGAUAAGAAAAUGCUCUUUGUCUUUUCCCCUCUUUCCAUGUCUUUCUUCGCUCUUGUGUAACUACUGUAGUUUCUAACUGAGCCAGUUGGACGGUUCUAUUCACCCUGCUGCCACCGGAGGGAGCUCUAACACUUAGGAUCACUAUGGCAACAUACAGGAAACUGAAGUGCUGUGUUUUCUACUCUAUUUUUAUAGAUGCCCCCAUUGAGUAUGCUGCUCAAUUCUAUGACAACGGUUACCUUUCUCUUCCCAAGACUAUCUUCCCCAGAAGGUGAGCCAGAGUUUCCUAAGUGGGGAAAGCAGCAACUUUCUUUAAGCUGUAUCAGUUUCCUUCUCUAAAAUUGUCACUAUUGUAGUGAGGCAUUGACGUGGUCUUUGUAGUUUUAAAUCUCUUUCUCUCUCUCUCUCUCUCUCUCUAUCUCUCUCUCUCUCUCUCUCUCUCUCUCUCUCUCUCUCUCUCUCUCUCUCUCUCUCUCUCUCUCUCUCUCGCUCUCUAUCUCUCUCUGUGUGUGUGUGUGUGUGUGUGUGUGUGUGUUGCAGCGGCCCUGAUGCUCCAGAGACCAUCGAGAUGGAGCUCAAGGUCAACACCUCCUCCAAAGAGGGCCUGAUCCUGUGGCAGGGAGUGGUAUGUCCUAACCUAGUCACCGUAUUACUAAUAAUAACCUAGUCACCGGGGCAUUACUCAGCACUCCUUAUCAUCCUUACUAUCUAAUCACGUAUUUACCAAUAACCCACCUAUACAGCAUUACCUACCUUUUACACUCACUGUCAGUAAUAAUACAUUGGAUAUUUAUAAAGCUUUUCUAAGACUCAAAGAGGUUCGCUGACAUUCAACUGCUCUUUUCUGUUUGGUUAUUAAUAAUGUUUGGCUCUCACAGCUCACUCCUUACUCAUUGCAUUGAGAUUGAUGCAACUUACAGACUGGCUGUUGGUUUGGCAUGUUGGCUCUGAGCGAGCCAUGUCACAGUUCCAGGUCCAGGCAUGGUUUGUCAUGGUUUUGACAGCACUGUUUUGUUUGACUGCACUGCAUGUUGCCUGGUUGCUGCUUUGCCUCUCUAACCCGACCCCCCUGCCAUCUUCCCCAGGAACCCUUUAAUGGCGCUAGCCAUUUCCGCAAGAUGCAUGCUAGUAAAAAGGUAUCCACCUCACCAAAACACCUGGUAAAUAUGGUAUAUUUCAGGAUAUGUACUUCACAGGAGGUUGGUGGCACCUUAAUUGGGGAGGACGGGCUCAAAGUAAUGGCUGGAAUGGAAUAAAUGGCAUGAUAAUCAAACUCAUCAAACACAUGGCUUCCAUGUGUUUGAUAUCAUUCCAGCCAUUAUUAUGAGCCGUCCUCCCUUCAGCAGCCUCCUGUGAUGUACUUCAUGUAUAGAUGUAUUGUGAGAUAAUUUGACAGUCUUACACUACUAUGGACUACAUGUUUUGAAAUGUACAACAAUCUGGAUAAGGCUACUUGGAUCUAUAUAUAUUGUUGUCUCCGGCUGGAGCAGCCUACUACUUUUAGUUAUCUAAUCAAUUCAAUCAAUCAAUCUUUAACAUUUACAUUUACAUUUUAGUCAUUUAACAAUGUACUAUAAUAUGCACCAUGGCUGUGGCAGCUUCAAUGCUUAUUGUUAUGUUGCAUGUAACUUAGUUUGUACUGUACUCCCAAAAGGAGCUUGAUUCAGGUUUGUGAUCAAAGUUUGAAUAGGUAUACAAAUAUAUUUGCAUGUAUCUUAUACAAUACAGGCAACUCCACAAGUCUUAUUUACAGAAAACAUGUACACUUAGUAUAUGAAAAAAUCCAUUAUGGUUUUAAAAUAUGAUCCAUAUAUAUAUAUGAUAUAUGAUAUUUUUUUGUCUGUCAUUACUUUCCUAUAAUGUGUCACCUAAACAACUUUAUUUCCAGGAACUUGGAGAUCAAGGCAAGGGCAAAGACUUUAUAAGUCUUGGUCUGCAAAAUGGACACUUAGUCUUCAGGUAAGAAAGCAUCACUGUCAUGACUGUUUUUCUUUUUGAUUAUUGUGGUUUCCUAAGGAAUAUGCCAUGCUUACGGGUCAUAUAUAACUAAUUGGUAAAGUAUUGUUUGCACCAGUCCUAAAUAAGCACAUAGGUGAUCAUUCUCCUCUAUGUAGUCCUACUGUAGUAGUAAUGCUACUGUUGCAUGUUCCCUGUCUGUCCACAGCUACCAGCUGGGCAGUGGAGAGUCUCAGAUACAGUCCAGAAAGCCCAUCAAUGAUGGCAGGUGGCACAAGGUCACUGCUGUGAGGUACUGUGCAAUUCAUGACCUUCCACUCUCAUGUUCUGAUACACCUCCUAUUAUCAGUCCCUCCAUGAUUCCACCAUUCUGCGAUCGCAAUUUUCUUUGUUAAAUCAAUUCCCUUGCAUAUUUGGGCUUGCAUAUUUGACCAAUCACCGCACUAUUUCCGCUUAAAACAGUGAAAUCAUCGCAAUAUUAUCGUAUUAAACUGAGCCAUCACCACAGUACAAAAAGGAGGCUCACAAUUUCAACCAAUCACCGCACAUUUACCGCAUAAUAUGGUUCAGUCAAGCCAGACGUCAACAAACGGUUUCCCUUGUCAGCACAUUUUCGCGACAAAUAUUGCCAUGCAAAAUCUCAAAAUUGCUUCAGCAAAAUCAAGCAUUUUUGCUCGCAAAUAUCACAAAAUAUCUUGGAGGGACUGUAUUUUUUACUUUUUAUUUUUCACGUCUUCUUCAUCUUGUGUUUUCAUACAGUGUCUUUAAAAAUGGAUUUAUAAUGAAUAUCUAAUGUCACUGAUAGAUCUAUUUUGAAUUGAUUUUUGGUAGUGGUGUAUUUUCUCAAUGAAUGUACUCUCUCUGUGCUUUGUGGCGAAGUGUCUUGUGCUUUGUGACAAAGUGUCUUGAUCAUACGAGUAAGGGAAGUUUUCUGUGUGUGUGUGUGAUCAGAACUGGUAAACAGGGAUAUAUUCAGGUAGACGGAGGAGCCAUUCAACGAGGACAAUCACAAGGCAAAAGCAUCAUGGUGAACACCAAAGGCAACGUAUACCUGGGUACGUCACCUUCCUGUUAGGGACCUGUUGGGAAAAUGUCAAGUAUUAUAUUUCAAAGUCUCCAAAGAGUAGAGAAAUACAGUACCUUAAAUAUCCUGUUUUCAAAGUGUCUAAAGUGUACAAACUUACAGUGUCCCAAAUCUGUAGGGAAAUGACUGACUGACAGAGGUGAUAUCGUGUCUUCUCUAAGAACAUGCACUGAGUGUGUGUGUGUGUGUGUGUGUGUGUGUGUGUCUGUUUGUUUGUUACAGGGGGAGCCCCAGACAUAUCUGCGAUGACGGGAGGGAAGUUCUCCUCGGGGCUCACAGGCUGUGUGAGGAACCUGUCUCUGAUGAACGCCCGGCCGGGAGAGCAGCCAGCUAGACCCAUCGAGCUACAGGCUGCCGCAGAGAAUGGCAUCAACGUGGGGCGCUGCUCCUCAUAGACCUAUAGCAGCCCCCCCCCCCACACACACACACACACACACACACACACAGAGACUAUGGA